AUGUCCUCUAACUCUCUCCUGCUGUCAUCCUGUUCCCAGGUGGAGCUGCACCUAAAGCCCAUCCAGUCCCUACUGGUGCACCAGAAGCCCCUGGUGUUCGUGCUAAACUCCCCCCAGCCUGUGGUGUGGGACAUCAGGACAGAGAAACUAGCCCUGGGCAUCAAGCACACCUUCCAUGUAAGUCCAGAUUCAACCAAGUUCCCCUUCCAAUCUCUCUCUCUCGCUCGCUCUCUCUCUGUGUCCCACUCCACUAAGUCCCUUUCCAAUCUCUCUCUCUUAGUCCACUUACUCCCAUGUAUUUAUUUCCUCAUACCAUUCUUUAUUAACGUCGUCCACUUUUCUCAGUGAGACGUUAAGGAAGCAAUUCUUUUGCAGAGGAAACCUGUGCUAUGUUAUGGUCUAGACGAGAAGAGCUCUCAGCUGUUGGUUACAGAUGUAUCAUGUGUUACACACACUCUGGACAACAACAACCACAGUCUGUGGACAACAACAACCACAGUCUGUGGACAACAACAACCAACCACACACAGACACACACACACACACACGGACACACACAACCACACACCCUCUCACAUACCCUGUGGUGAGACAUUAAUGUCUGUAUGGCAGUAGUUAAUGUGUAAUGUGCAGCAGUGGUUUACCCAUGGAUACAGGCUCUUCCUUACACUGUGCAGACACACACUUUCCACUUACUCUUGUUGUAAACCCUAAUAAUCAGUGACAAACAUAUACCAAUUUAAUGACUAACACACCACUGCUGUAGGACUUCGUUGCUAUCAACCCUCAAGUGAUUAGUGAACUCUUGUUUACAUGCCAAAUGAUAGGCUAUAGGUUGGCAUGGACUAUAUGCUUAGCCUGUUCCCAGAUCUGUUUAAGUGCUGUCUUGCCAACUCCUACUGUCAUUGUCACACCAGGCUACAUUAUGCUACGCUCAUCCAUUGUCACAUAGAGAGUUGUGUGCCUGCCGGAAACCCUCUGACACAGUCGGGGAUGAAGCGUAUUUAUACUAGAAGAUAAAGUGGGUCGGUGACAUCAGCUCUGUUGGCACUGGAGUCCCUAACAACAUUAUUGUUUUUCAGUCUGGCUUUUAAACAGUGGAGGGCUGUUCCCUCCCCUCCUCUCCUCUCCUUCCCUACCUCUAUCCAAACAAUGUUGUUGAUGGCUGGGCAGCAGUACAAAUCAUCCAGGGCGUCUCCUCGAAUGACGAAAAACACACACCCCGAUGGGGAGGGGAACAUGGAGGUUUCUUGAAGGAGUAUUGGGAGGCAGCAGGCCCCAGCAGGCCCCCUGGACAGCUAGCCAUAUUUAGUAAUGGUACCAGAGGGCCUCUCUCUCUCUCUCUCUGUGUGUGUAAGACUUAAUGAGAAAAUGAGGCGAAGCCACUGUAUCACAUGAGAAAAUCACAUAGAAAUGAGAACAAGAGGCCCUACAUGGCUUAACUCAACCAUGCUGCUCUUCACUGUAAGCCUGGCUGGAUCUGUACACUCCUCCCUUGCCAUAUAUGCUGUGAAGACUUCCAUGCAGCUCGCGGUUCUUCUGAAAUAAUCAUUGUCAAAUGUGCGUUAACACCAUAGCAUUCCACAAGAAUCAGGCACUACUUCAUAUUAUUUCCAUAUGUGGUGGUGAUGUGUUCUCAUUGCAUGCAAAACAUCCUACCAUGAAAACCAGAGCCCAUACAAUGUUUAACACAGACACCCAUACACGUACGCACACACACGUCCAAAUUCUCAGAGGCUUAGCCUGAAAUCCGACCUUCGGCAGUGGGAAGACCUUGGUCUCCAUCGGCAAAAAGAAGACUUUAAGUCUCCGUCAUCACCUCUGUGUUGAGUAGGAUUACUGUGGUUAUGUGAAGCUAGCUAGCUGACGUGCUAACAUCCAUCCACCUUCUGUUUCCCAGCGUAUUGCCGUGAGCAGAUAAACCAUUAUAGACAUAUUACAGACCAGACCUGGGUUCAAAUACUAUUUGAUGUCAUUCCAAAAACAUCCGCUGGGAUUGAUUGAGUGGCGCAAUGGAACCAAUAGAAAAGUUGCACAUUUCAAAUUCUGCCCAUCUGGCUCUCCAGGUAGGCUAAAACAAGCGCUUAAAGAAUUUGAAAUAUUUCAAAUAGUACUUGAACCCAGGUCUAAAACAGACCCAAUCCCAGCCUCAGUCUGUCUCUGUCUUAACCACAGACUCAGGUUUCACUCUGACACCCCUAGUGAAUACAUCACAAAGCGUGAAAACAUGAGAACGCAAUUCCAGUUAUUUCCUGUACUAAAUGGAAAUAUUUCCAUGUAAGAUUGAAAAAGUGGAUGUAGUUCAUUCAGAUGAAUGUGCAUCCAGGCUGCUUACGUUUUCAGAGCUGUAAACGGUCAUUCUACAUGCAGUUAGAGACAGUCUUCUCUAGGGCUGCGUCCCAAAUGGCACCCUACUCCUUUAUAGUGCGGGCUCUGGUCAAAAGUAGUGUAGUAUAUAGGGAUAAGGUGCCAUUCAGGACGCCAUCUCAGAGGGAGCCAUUAGCAGGUCAACAGUGUAGUAAAUGUCUCCUCAUCAGACAUAUAACAGCUGACAACAGUCAUGAAGCCCAGCCCACAGCCUACUGUACAGUACUAGGCUAGCAGACCUUAUUCUGUAGUGUACUAAUGUUGUUAGAUAUUGGAUCUGACAUGGGGCCCUGUGCCUGCUUUCCCACUGUCAAAGGGGAGGGAUAGGACUCCUCCCUGGUGACAGUUUUACUGUUCAGGGAUACUUUAAUGUACACUCAUAAGGUUUACAGAAUCAUAUAUAUACACUGAGUGUACAAAACACUAAGAACACCUUCCUAAUAUUGAGUUGCACCCCCCACGUUUGUCCUCAGAACAGCCUCAAUUCGUCGGGGCAUGGACUCUACAAGCUGUCAAAAGCGUUCCACAGGGAUGCUGGCCCAUGUUGACUCCAAUGCUUCCCACAGUUGUGUCAAGUUGGCUGGAUGUCAUUUGGGUGGUGGACCAUUCUUGAUACACACAGGAAACUGUUGAGCAUGAAAAACCCAGCAGCGUUGCAGUUCUUGACACAAACCGGUGUGCCUGGCACCUACUACCAUACCCUGUUCAAAGGCACUUCAAUAUUGUGUAUUGCCCAUUCACCCUCUGAAUGGCACACAUACACAAUCCAUGUCUCAAUUGUCUCAAGGCUUAAAAAUCCUGCUUUAACCUGUCUCCUCCCCUUCAGCUACAUGGAUUGAAGUGGAUUUACAUGGAUUGAAGUGACAUCAAUAAGGGAUCAUAGCUUUCACCUGGUCAGUCUAUGUCACGGAAAGAGCUGGUGUUCAUAAUGUUUUGUACACUCAUACAUACAUACAUACAUAUGCAGAUAAACAUACUUUGGAUUUUUCAUCCAAAUAGUUGAGAUGAGAUUCUCUUUAUGGCCUGGCAAGCUACACAUACACUGUAUACACGUGAAACCUAUGAGUCAUAACUGUUUUCUAUUCAGGCACAUUCACAGUGAGGUGAAUGUACCAGAUUAUCUGUCUGUCUGUGGAGAGCCACUCCGGUCCUUAGCUAUGGCAAAUUAAGGUUAGCGUUGAGUUGUGUGACUUCCCUGGGCCCUCUGGCUGUGAGCAGAAUGAACUGCCUGUUACAUCCCAUCUGUCAGGUCAGCUACUCUCCUCAGGUUCAGGUUGGCUCCAACGGGGAUGCCUCGUUAACAUGCCGCCAUUAUGGAACCCAAACACUGACUGACUGACUGGACAAAGAGACACGACGAGCUGCUGAGAGAAUGGACGGAUACCCAAUCCUGUCACACUCAGUCAGUGUUUCACUCUGCAUACCUGGCCUGUAGCUCUGCUCAGACCAACUGCAGUACACAUGUCUGAGUCAAACAUUCUGACCUGCAGAAGAAGAAGAAGACUGCAGUAUAAAUGCAAAAUCUGCAUGGAUUCAAAAUCUCACAGCACCGUCCUCAGCACAUAAUAAACAGAUCAGAGCCACACUUAUACUCUCACUGGUGGUCAUUUUACAGUCUGGAACACUGUAUGUAUACUGUAGGUGAAAAGGCUGCGCUAGUGAGACAGACAGUGCCAAGUCCAGCUAGCGCACCACCGGCCGCGUUUGAGUAAACCCUCUUCUAGAGUUGGAGAGGAGCUGGUGUUGUGUGGUGGGUAUAUAGGGUAACAGCGUCAAUAGUAAUGGUUUGUAGGUCUUAACACCUCAGACCCUGAUCCUCCCAGCCACACAGCCAGACCUCCUCUAUGCUGUUCCCCCAUUAGAGGGACUAUUUCCUGGGGCUAAUAGGCUCUGAAUCUGCCCUGAAUCAGCGCUGCCAGGCCUCGUUUCCUGGUCCCCGAUUCUAGGGUCCACAGACGGACACAUAUGUGCCCUGGAACCGCUUCAGUUCCGCCCUGCUCUGCUCUGCCUGGUGAGCACACUGUUUCUGUUGGCCCACUGGAUCCUCCUGCCUGCAGCGUUUUCAAAUCUUUGGCCCGAAAUCCAGACAUUCUGUUGUAAAACAUGCUCCGCAGCACUCCCUGUCAAUCAGAAGUACUGAGUAAUGAAAGAACAUGAAGUCUAACAUGAAAUGAAAGAUGGACACAGCAAAUCAUGCCAAAGUAAUUUCACCAGGGGACAAUUAGGAUCCUAAGGAGGGCACAUUUCUAGAGAGGGGUCUUUAUGAAAGUUGGUUAUAUGACUCUGGUUGCAUCUCAAAUGGCACCCUAUUCCCUAUCUAGUGCGCUACUUUUGACCAGGGCCCAUAGUGUAUAGAGUGCCAUUUGGGACGCAGGUGCUAUGUUUUAAAGGGUUAUCGUGCCUUAUUGUUUGACUAGUUUGAUCUGGAACACAUCUUUGUUCUCUCUCGCCUUUUGAUGGACCAACAUUGUAAAGUUUAGCUGUUGGAAUUUGUUGCUCUUUCUGUGUUUGCCAAGUCUUUCUCCUUUUUCUGUCUUUUCUUUCUUUUAUUGCAUUAUUUGGAUUUGGUGUGAUUCUCUCCUUUUUGUCUCUCUCUCUCUCCUUUUUGUCUCUCUCUCUCUCUCUCUCUCUCUCUCGCUCUCUCGUUCUCUGUGCUCGUUAAAUGGAACCAUGGCCAGCCCAAUAUUGUUUUUUCAGAUCUACAGGAACGUUCUGCCAUGGUGCAGAGACAGAUGGUGUUGUUUUCUACACAACAGCUCUCCCUGCCAGUUCUCACACACAUACAUACACGCCAGCAGCUUGAUUAGCUCUCUGGAGCCGAUAUAGAGAGAGCAGAUCAAAUCACCCACAAAAGCAUUUAUCACAUUCAUAUCAUCACUGCAUUAGAGCACGCUCCUAUUAUCUCACAUCCUCUCUCUGUCCCUGAGGCCUCCCUCCCUGACUCCCACUGUUUGGAACACCUCGUCUUCUCCAGACCGACAUUGGUGUUUUCUCAGGUUGUACAGUGGGUGUUGCUUAGUGUUGCUUAGCGAGAGAGUUGGAGGUUUGCAACACUCUGAUAAUUGAUAUAAAACAUUUGGCAUGGCGUCUCUUCUCUCCCCUUACCCCGACCAGCACAUAUGGCAAUAAUAUGUAGACGCUCAAACACACACAGGCAGAGAGUCCAGGAAACUAACCACAGGCAUAUGCUUUUAAAAAGCCACGGACCGUAAAGGGUACUGGGCAGCAGGCACAUGUUAUUGUUGGGAUUUAUACUUUGGGGAGGGAAAGAAGGGACCAAUCUUACAGGGAGGAGGCUUAGCUCUCUAUGGCUGUUAGGAACUGUAGACUUUGGAACAUUUAGACUAAUGCCGACAAAUUGUUGCAGCAGCUAUUUACAUUUUAGUCAUUUAGCAGACGCUCUUAUCCAGAGCGACUUACAGUUAGUGAGUGCAUACAUUUUCUUGCUGGCCCCCCGUGGGAAUCGAACCCACAACCCUGGCGUUGCAAGAGCCAUGCUCUACCAACUGAGCUACACGGGGCCCAGCUAUCUCUUUGAAAAUUCGGACGUAGUAUUUCAUUGUAUCACAUUACAUGUUCAGUGCAAUCUGCUGAACAGUUGAAGCUGCCAGAUGUCAAAGCUGAUGUUGCUUUUCAACAGACAUGAAGUGGAGAGCAGCCUACACCCUUCUCAUUGUCUUACACCCAUGGAGAGAAGUUAGGCUAGUCCGCUAGCUAGUAUUUUUCAGAGCGGGCUUGUAGAACAUUUGCCAAACUAGAGGUCCAUCCCUGGGUCCACCCAAGCACCCCUUCUUAUUUGACUUUGAACUGCUCAAGAACACCUCAUUGGAGAUCAGCUCUAUUAGUUCCAUUCCCAGUUAGGUAGAAUGAGGUAAACUCUUGGCUUUGCAAAGUUCCAUGGCUCUUACCUCUUGAGUGCAGACCUGAGCUGAUUCCAGACAGACAGACAGACAGAAAGAGGCCAAACAGACAGUCCGCUCCCCUGCUUGGGUGCAUUAGGUAUGAGGUCAUACAGUGAAAUGAGCCCAGGAGUAAUCUGUCUGUCUGUCUGUCUGGUUCUGUUUGUGAGAAGAGGACAGAUAAACAGCACAAAUGUAUGUGUUCAGGGAUUAGGCCCUCUCUCGCUGCACGUUCAGUCCUGUGUUCAGACAGGUCCUCCUCUUCUCAGGGAGAAUGGGAUGAUACGCUCAAGACAACGAGUAGCGUACAUGCUAUGACAGUAGGGACAAUAAAACCAACAAAAAUGACUGUACUGUGAAUUGUAUUCAUGUUUUUCUCCCAAUUGUUUCAUUGAGUUAAUCAUCCCUUUGUGACAGUCAUUGAUGACUACUUUGACGUCUACACUCUUAGAAAAAAAGAUGCUAUCUAGAACCUUAAAGGGUUCUUUGGCUGUCUGCAUAGGAGAACCCUUUGAAUAAUCCUUGUUGGUUGCAGAUAGAACCCUUUUGGUUCCAGGUAAAAACCCUUUUGGGUUCCAUGUAGAACCCUUUCUACAGAGUAUUCUACAUUGAAUCCAAAAGGGUUCUACUUGCAACCAAAAACGAUUAUCCUACGGGGACAGCCGAAUAAGCCUUUUGGAACCCUUUUUUCUAAGAGUGUAUGCAUGUAACACUAAUUUGAUGUCUUUGCAUGUAGCACUACUUUGAAGUAUUGUUAAUACUCUGGGAGCUGAACAAUUAACAAUAUUGUAACUUUGAAAAGGUAUCGCUUUCAAGUCCUGGCUUCACACUUUGUGUUCUUGUAAAAGUAGAUGCUAAUCUCUUAUUUUUUCCAACUUUCAAGUCUUUGAUAAAAACAUUACUGUAUUUUUGUUUUUUUACACAUUCUUCUCACAAGGUCGCUCUCUCUCUCUUUCUCUCUCUCUCUCUCAGCUAACUGGGUAUGGAUCUCGGGUUGGUUUAGAGAGAGAGAGCCUGGUUUGUUGAGCCCCAGUGUCUCGGAGUCUCUUCUCUCAUAUUCCCAUUUCAAAUUACUCUCGAAAGGCCUGGAGCUAAUUAGGUUCUUUAGGCUUCCACCUCUAAUUCUUUCAGACUAAUUACAUGCGUAUUGCCGCAAUUAAAUUGAUAAACUCUGUUGAGCUUGGCAAGGUUUCCCAAAGUAAACCCCAACCCCUUCCUCCUCCAUCUCCUCCUCCUCUCUCAUUGUUCAGCACUCGUCCACGGCUCUAUAUCACUUUUGAUCGCUGAGGUGAGGCAGUCAGGCAGAGGCACUCCGUCUUUCUCCACUAAAGUUUUCCUUUCCUUCCUGCUGUAGUCGUAGUAAACGUUAUCACUGAAAAUAAAUAGCUACGUAGCGGUGAGUUCUUCGACAGUGUCUGUCUCCCUGGUCUUGGCAUUUAUUAUCUGUGGUGACAAUGCCAGGAACGUAGAAAGGAGCGGCCAGGGGUCAGGCAGAUGUUGCACAUGGUGCUGGCUGGGCCGUGUGUGUGUGUGACGUGUGUUUGUGUGUGUGACGUGUGUUUGGGUGUGUGUGCUGGGGGGAAAUGGAGAACCUGUCUGUCUGGAGUUCCAAAUACCCAAUUGUCAAACAAACAAGCAAACACCAUGAUCUGAAAAACUAACCAAUGUUGCGGUAGAUUCUUGAGUUUUGCUUUCCUUUUCCCCCUCUUUGGAAAACUUCAAAAAUAUGGGUAAUGCAACAAAAGUGUUAUGAGGUAAUGUUUUAAUUGGGCCUGCCAGGUAGCACGGUCAGCUGCCCUCCACAUGUUAGAUAGGAGGCCAUGGGAAUAAGAAAAAGAUCACGAUAAAUAUAAUGAGGUAGGCUAUCUAGACCAGACCGUGUGUUAGGGCUACCUGUCUGGCCUGUGAUACUCAGCUCAGCUCAACUCUGCUCACAGUUUUACUACAGUCAGUAGUUUUUUCAGCACAUGUGAAUGUUUAUCUCGCUGAAAUGAAGCAUAUGGGUUGAGGUCCGUUAAGAGCCAAAGGGGUGGUCUCUCUCGCUCUCUCUCUCUCUGCUCUCUCUCUGCUCUCUCUCUCUCUCUGCUCUCUGUUCUGUGCACGCACACACACACGCCAAGCUCAGCCAAGUUUCUCUCUUUCCCUCCCUCCAUCCCUCCCUCAAUCCCUCCCUCCUUCCCUGCCAGAAGACAAAUCAGCACUUCAUUGUGGGCUCGGGGCUCCGCACACAUUUUUCGCUCAUUUUCUUUUUUUGUCACCAUAUCACAGCUGGGUUUUGCGGUCUCGCACCCUUUUGCCUACCUAGGCUUAGGCUACGUCCCACUGUAUCACAUCUGGAUACAAUUCUUCCUGCUGUCAGCUGCCUCUCAUAUGGCAAAAUGUUCUACUUUUAGAUUAUGAUGCUAACUCCAAACAAACUGCAUUGAUAAAAGUAGUCUCUUUCUUUGUGCCUCUGAUUUAUUUGUAAGUGUGUGUAUGAGCACGCAUAGAAAGACACGCGUGUCUUGCAAUUGUAUUUCCUAUGAUAAAGACAAAGUAGCGUGUGUGUGUGUCUGCUGGCUAUAUUCAUGACAGACAGCUCCAUACUACUCCAGCCAUUUUGAAAAAUCCCUGCACACUAGUGAUGAUGCACAAUAACAGAUUACAUAAUCAGUAGAUACCAUACAACUUAUUGUGUAAGGAGACCAUGUGUCAAAAUACGGAGCACACAUUGUGAGAGGCCUUGAAAUAACGAUUGGGGAUGGAGUGUGAAAGAUGUCUUUUGGCAAAGUUUAGAUGGAAGGUUUGAAUUGGGAAAGGUCUUCUCUUCUCCUUUAUCUGUUUGCCUCGAGGCAGGCCUUGACUUUUAUUGUUUCAAAUGUCUUAUUUUCCCAUAAAGUGGAUGGGCAUAUCUUUAUCAACAAAGAAGUCCUUGUGAGUGGAAGUCUUGAAAACUAACUCCAUGAGCCCAAUAGAAAAUACAGCUUCUUAACAGUAAAUCAUGUCUCAGGUCUGAUCCACAACUUUUUUUUUAGCUUUACCAUUUUAUAUUCUCAGUAACUCUACAUGUAGUUCCUUCAGUAGCUGAAAUAGAGACUGCUGAAAGUAAUCCAAAGUUAUUUGAUGUAAAUUUGAAUAUAGAAAAUCAUACCCACUGAUAUUAAAGGUAGAUUCAGCGAUAUGAUGUAGAUGCAGAAAGUUAAACGCAUAGUGGGUCAAUUUCCGCAACAACUAAAAGCGUUGAAGAGCGAGGCUCAACUCCGCUGUUUUGGUGCCCUGGCUACCACGCUGUGAACAGCGAGAAGCGAACUCGUGCACAUGCAAAGAUACUGUGUGUGAAAGUGAAGUCUUCCAUCUCGCUCAACUCAAUAUCUGUCAUUUCGCUGAGUUGACCUUUAAAUCGAUGCUUAUUGGUCUCUGGACUAGAUAUACUGUAAAUCCCCACACCAUAUUAUUGAUCCUACGGUCUCUCUCUGUAUUAUUGUCACACCAGGUCGAUAAUGCUAGAGCUAGUCUCUUAGGACCAGUUUCCCACACACAGAUUAAGCCUAGUCCUAGACUAAACAUAAUCUUCGAUGGAGAUUCUCCAUUGAUCUUGCACUUUAGUCCAGGACUAGGCUUAAUCUGUGGCUAGGAAACCGGCCCAUAGUGUCAUACAGAAACCUACUGUAUCACAGUCAUUCUGUGGAACCCCUGCUUCCAGCUCUUUUCCUCACAGGCAAAUACGUCUAUACGUCAUAGUACACCCAAUGCCAUAGCAGUCUACAGACAUGUCUUAGGGGCUAUGUCUCCUGAUGUACAGUGUCUAUCUGUAACAUCAUUGUAUCUCUCCACCCUCCAGGUAUCAGAGAGCUCAAAUGUCCACUUCUCUGUGUGUCGUUUAGCGCUGAUACAUGGCUGUAGACUCCUAUGACUCCUAACACACUACAGCCAUGUCUCAGGGGUAUGACUCUUGAUGAACCGUGUACGUCAGUCUGUAAAGCCAUGGUGUCUCUCUGGCUGUCUGUCUGUAACAUUGUUGUGUCUCUCCUUCCUCAAGGUAUCUGAGGGAUCUGAUGUCCACUUCCCUCCAGGGAACUUCUCCCUCCACUGUCAGGUUCAGAAGGAGGUGCUUCCCCAUGGCAAUGAGCACCUCCUCAACUGGGCCACCAAGAAGUACAGAGCCGUCACCUCCUUCUCCGAACUCAAGAUCGCCCUGGACAUCUACAUUAAAGUGGGAGAAGGUGUGUUUUACUGUCAGAGGGAAGUUAGAAAUGUUUCUCCAAAGGACACUCUUAGAAAAAGGUGCUACCUAUAACCAUAAAGGGUUAUUUGGCUGUCCCUUCUGUAGGAGAACUAUUGGUUCCAAGUGGAACCCUACAUCAAAGUGGGAGAAGGUGUGUUUAACUCUGAGAGGCAGGUAAGAAACGUUGCCUCAGUCCCAAGGUAGUGCCACAUUUCCGUUUAGAAUGCCUAGGGAGGCUUUUACACCUACCUCCACUAAAAGUAUAUUUUCUUUGCCUUGUGACUGGCCUUUUCUUCCCCACUAAACCUUUAAUGAAGUGGUUCCCACGCAGUAAUUGCCUCUCAAUGGAGGCCAUUGACAGUCCUGGGAGUUACUGGACCCUAGAGAAAUAAAACAAUCCCAGAGAAGCAGAGCGAACACUCUCUGUGUUCUGAAUUCUCAGUUCCACUGGCCAACUUUCAGUUCCAUUUAAAAAGUAAAUAGACUUGGCCGGGAGGAAAGGACUUUUUCUUUCUUUUGUAAUCUGGCCGUUUGCUUUCCUUGCUUGUCACUUUUCUUCAUUGACUGUGAGCCCAGAGUCAGUGGAGUGAGGAAGAAGUGAUUGAUGAAAAUGCAGAGUAGGUUUGUGAGAGGGUGUGUGUCUUCGUAGUAGGUUUAUGAGAAGGAUCGCUGCUCUGAUUGCUAGCUGCUUCUAGACGAGGCCUGACAGACUAGUCCUGUGCGCUAUGAGAAAAAGAGGGGAGUGACAGAGGGAGGAUUAGGGAAACAAGAAGAGGAAAAAGGGAAAUGGAGUUGGAUGGACAAAAAAAGACUGAAGUUGACGCAACAGAAGAAAAUCUAUAGACUGAAGAGAUCAAACAUGGGACUGUUUCUUGCUAUUCAUGUCUCCAAGCAGUUUUAGUCAAACAGACAAGAGAGGGAUCCAUUUACGUUAUUCUUUCCUCCUUAAAACUAGAAUCGUUAGUUGCUACAUCCAUUUUUGGAAUUAUAAAUUGAUUCUUGAAGAAUAUAACUUAGAAAUGCCUCAUGAGCUUAGUUCAACUGUCGUACCCCAUCAGAACCCAAAAUAUAACCUUGUUUUACUCUGUAAACAAUGUAAAUGUAAACAAACACUUUAUAGCCUCAAAACAUGUUUAAAAUGAUACUUUUGAUAUCAUGGAUGGUCAGUCCUUGCAUCCAUAGGUAUGUCUAUGAAUUUGAGAGUGGUUACAUUUCUCUGGGCCCAUCCCUCAGCUUUUUACCAAAACGGGUGGAGAAUCGCUUUAUUGUUUCUACUAAGGAUUCUAGCUUUAACUCCUUAAGCUGCUAAUAAGUAAGACGUUAGAGGCCUUGUUCCUUAACUUGUCUGUAAGAAGACCACUUCUGAGAAGCAGAGUUUGUAGUAAACUAAACUGUGGAAGGCAUUACUGGGUUUAGCAAAUGUCAGCUGUUCCUUGAUAACUGUGAGCUGUGAGUGGAAACAAACUGUCAGAGUUGUCUCCUCUCCACCAGGCAGUAGAGUUACUGUAGCAGGUACUCAGGCUGUUUGAAGUCAAGGGCUUUCCUCCAGGGAUGUUGUGUGAUUGAUCCAUUGAAGCCAUGCUUCACUCUUUCCUUCACUUCUUCUCUCCCCACUGGUGCUUUGUAAACCGAUCCGACAGCACGUCCAACUUCAUCCUACGUCAACAUCCAGAUAGAUAGGGCACCUCAUUUUUAACGACUGUCUUUCAACUGCAUGACAAUAUCACUUUGACUGCCAGGAGUGGAGUCAUGGCUCCAUUACACAUUACAGCCGGGGUAUGUACUGUUCUCUCCAUGUAGUCAAUCACUUCAGAGGAAAACAGAGCGUGUGUGGUUGCUUAGCCUUGAAGCAGUAAUCUAUUCAACCGCUCUCUCUGUCAUUAGACACUGUGGUUUGGCGAAGGACCAAUAUGCCAUGUUUACCUCAGUCCGUCUCCCCCCAUCUCUCUCUCGCUCUGGUACUUUUUCAUGAGGCUGGACAGAUUUCCGCUUUGUUUCGUACCAGGCCAUUAAUACACGUACGAGGGGGGCACAUGUGGGUCUAGGGAGGAAGGUGCCAACCCCUUUAGUUUAUAUUGUCAAAGAGCUUGUUUGCCAAAUAAGGAAGCAUCUGGGCUUAACUUUUCAUGUUUUAUAAAAGACUGAGAAGAGGAUUGCAUGCCUGGGCAGUUGGAUGGAGAAUAAUAAUAAUUGAGUAAAUAAAUGCUAAUAAGUUAGAAUGGUGGGAAACCUGACAGGAAUGACUGAUUGGACGUGUUUAUGACAGCUAUUGUUCAAAAUUGUCCUUCAUUAUCCCAGAAACAUAAAUCAUAGUGUUCAGUACAAAAGCUGUCUGUAUGUCCCUGUCUUUUACCAGCAACCCCAAAUUGUUCAGGCUAUGGCUGAACAAAGGAAUGUAAAUACCUAAAUACCUCACCCAUUUCCUCAUGAGGAUUCAUCUUGAAAGAAAAUAAAAAAACUUUCACACUGCGCUUGCCAGUAUCACUUUAGUAUAUUAAGCUUACGUAUCAGCCUCACUGCCUUCAUCAGAACUUCUUCCUCUUGAGGAUUAAUCAAGUAUAAUCACAUCACUUCCAGUGUAGGAAUUAUACAUAGAGUCAUAAUCUCAUAAUCUCAUUUAACCACACUCUCCUUUUGUCUUUCAGACCCAGUGUUCUCAGAUACCUGUAAGAUCGACAACAAGUUCCUGUCUCUGAACUACUUAGCUGGCUAUGUGGAGCCCCAGCCCUCUAAAGGCUGUGUCCUGUCUGGGCCAGACCAGGACCAAGAGGUCCACAUCAUCGAGCUGCAAGCACCCAACUCCAGCAGGUCAGUACUGUAAUCCAACACAACCAGAACACAAGCAGAACACAACCAGAACUCCAGUAGGUCAGUACUGUAGCCUACCACCAGAACCAGAACAUAGUCCGACCCAAAUAAGGCACACAUUUAUCCAGUUUAGGCUGGGUUCUGGACACAGAUUAAGCCUAGUUCUGGACUAAAGAACACUUUCAGUGGAGAUUCUCUAUUGUGCAUGCUUUUUAGUCCAGCAGUAGGCUUAAUCUGUCUCUGGGAAACUGGCCCUUUAUGUCAAUAUGCUACACAUUAUGUCGAUCACACUAACUCUAAAUAUAAACCUUAAUGAUCUCAGUGUAAUUUCCCCAUUACAAGAGGUCAGGAUGGUUUCUCUCUAGUCACACUGGUAGUCUGUGUUGGAUACCAAGGAAGAGGGGGAUAAUAUUGACGUUUUGUUGAGCACUCUAUCUCAGACUCAAAGUCUAAGGGUGCCUCCCAAAUGGCAUCCUAUUGCCAAGCGCACUACUUUUGACCAGAGGCCUAUGGACCCUGGUCAAAAGUCAUGCAAACUAGACUCUGAGAUACACUACAUGACCAAAAGUAUGUGGACACCUGCUCGUCAAACAUCUAAUUCCAAAAUCAUGGGCAUUAAAAUGGAGUUGGUCCCCCCUUUGCUGCUAUAACAGCCUCCACUCUUCUGGGAAGGCUUUCCACUAGAUGUUGGCACAUUUCUAUGAGGAAUUGCUUCCAUUCAGCCACGAGCAUUAGUGAGGUCGGGCACUGAUGUUGGGCGAUUAGGCAUGGUUUGCAGUCGGCGUUCCAUUUCAUCCCAAAGGUGUUCAAUGGGGUUGAGGUCAGGGCUAUGUGCAGGCCAGUCAAGUUCUUCCACAACGAUCUCGACAAACCAUUUCUGUAUGGACCUCGCUUUGUGCACGGGGGCAUUGUCAUGCUGAAACAGGAAAGGGCCUUCCCCCAAACUGUUGCCACAAAGUUGGAAGCACAGAAUCAUUUAGAAUGUCAUUGUAUGCUGUAACAUUAAGAUUUCCCUUCAAUGGAACUAAGGGGCCUAGCCCGAACCAUGAAAAACAGCCCCAGACCAUUAUUCCUCCUCCACCAAACUUUACAGUUGGCACUAUGCAUUGGGGCAGGUAGCGUUCCCCUGGCAUUUGCCAAACCCAGAUUAGUCUGUCGGACUGCCAGAUAUAUUGAAAUGUGAUUCAUCACUCCAGAGAACACGUUUCCACUGCUCCAGAGUCCAGUGGCGGCGAGCUUUACACCACUCCAGCCGACGCUUGGCGUUGCGCAUGGUGAUCUUAGGCUUGUGUGUGGCUGCUCGGCCAUGGAAACCCAUUUCAUGAAACUCCCGACGAACAGUUAUUGUGCUGACGUUGCUUCCAGAGGCAGUUUGGAACUCAGUAGUGAGUGUUGCAACCGAGGACAGACAAUUUUUACGCGCUACGUGCUUCAGCACUCGGCGGUCCCGUUCUGUGAGCUUGUGUGGCCUAUUACUUCCUGGCUGAGCACUUACAGCACUUACAGUUGACCGGGACAGACUGACUUUUUGGAAAGGUGGCAUCCUAUGACGGUGCCACGUUGAAAGACCAAGUUCUUCAGUAAGGCCAUUCUACUGCCAAUGUUUGUCUAUGGAGAUUGCAUGGCGGUGUGCUUGAUUUUAUACACCUGUCAGCAACAGGUGUGGCUGAAAUAGCAGAAUCCACUAAUUUGAAGGGGUGUCCACAUAAUUUUGUAUAUAUAGUGUAGGUUGGCAUCCAUUUGGGACACAACCUCACGUGGAGUGUAGUCUGUAUUUCCAGUCUGCCGGGUAAUGGCCUCAGUCUCCCAGAGGUGUGAUUACUCUGUAUACGCAUAAAGAGCCCAGAAAUACAGGGAAUGUGGCAGUCAUGAUGUAUUUCACCAUACGGCUGCUAUGUGGUCUGGUCUGCUACGCACGUCUUCCUCUUUCUGGGAAUACCUCCAGUUUCUUAAUCAGUUGGCCAGACAGAGGUAAGGCAUGUAAAUACUGAGUGUUUUGGGUCUUCCAAAACUCUUAUGGCUCUCUCCUGGCUGGCUCGCUCGCUCUCUCGCUCUCUCGCUCUCUCUCGCUCUCUCGCUCUCUCUCGCUCUAUCGCUCUCUCUAUUUCUCUCUCUAUUUCUCUCUAUUUCCCUCCCUGAGCAGUGCGUUCCAAGUGGAUGUGAUCGUGGAUCUGAGACCACUGGAGGCAGAUGUUCCAUUGUAUCGUGACAUUGUGCUGCUGCUAAAGUGUGAGAAGUCUGUCAACUGGGUCAUCAAGGCUCACGGCGUCAUCGGCAAACUGGACGUGGUGGUACGUAACACUGAACACUACGGAGAAAUGUUUUGUUUCUAAAUAAAAAUACUUAUAUUUACAGUAACCUGCAAACUGGACUUGGUGGUACGUGACUCAAAACGUCACUCUGAAUGUAACAAACACAGCCCCUCUAUUCAUGGGUUGCACCUCCUUCACUCGGUCGCCACUGUUAUGAACAUUCUCAAGCUGUUCUCUGCCAUAGUGGUGCCCAAAGGUCUAGUUGUGCCCAGUCAUUCUGAACGGGGGCUAACGACUGUUUAGUCUAAAUUACACUAUAGUGGCCUGGAAAUACGAUCAAUCUGACAACAUCACGAUAAUGACAAAAGGUUUUGCUACUAAUUAUUUGCCUCCUUUUAAAAUGUUUUUGUAUUUCCAAGCCACUGUAAUGCCCUUUUGAUAAAAUCUUCAUAAUCUCCGAUUGACAAUGCUGAGUCGGGCAGCAGUCCUAAAACGAAUGUUCAAAGCAAUAUAGAGACAAAACCUUGCAAUCCAUGAAUAAUAGGAAAGUGCUGCUUUGACCUAAAUAAAACUACUUAUAUUUUCAGUAGAAGCAGUUUAUUUAAUGGCCAACUCCAGAGACCUAAGACUCCAUCCCUCAGAUUUAUAGCAAACCAAGUGGCAGGACUGCUAUUGAGUGGUUUUUCGAAUUGAUUAGUUCAACUUUCAGAUUUUAACUGCCAAGAUCUUUUUUCACUGUCUCAGUAACACAUCACAAUCAGAGAAGGUUGGUGGCACCUUAAUUGGGGAGGACGGACUCGUGGUAAUGGCUGGAGCGGAAUCAGUGGAAUGGUAUCAAAUACAUCAAACAAAUGGUUUCCAUAUGUUUGAUGCCAUUCCAUUAGCGCCGUUCCAGCCAUUAUUAUGAGCUGUCCUCCCCUCAGCAGCCUCCACUGAUCACAAUGGCACGAAUGGUAUGAGGGGAGACGGGCAGAGGAUCCAUGUCACAACACAUGACUAGACAGGCACAGCAGACAGACAGGCAUGUCACCACUUUUCACUGCUGACCAAUACAUUUGUCACAAUCCGAGGAGUGUUGAAGUGGCACCUGGUUUCAACCUGCCUGCAGGGGAGGGAGGGAGGGAUAAAGAGAUGAACUGUGAAAUAUCAUGCUGACAGCUCCAAGGGUUGUCAUCAUAUUGAAUGAGAGGAGGAGGGGAGAGGGGGAAGAGAGGGGGAGGGGGGUGAGACAUUUUCAUAGGCCAGGCUCACCACAAACAGUAUUUUUAUUGUGCUCACAGCCUCGCACAGACUGACCUGUUUGCCGUCCAUCAUAAUGUGAAUUAUGAGCGUUGCUGGCUGCAGGCCCUGACUGCAUCCCAAUUGGCACCCUAUUCCGUAUAUAGUGCACUACUUUUGACCAGAGCCCAAUGGGAAUAGGGUGCCAUUUAGGACAGGGCCUAUCUCUGUGGAUUGCACUGCAGAAACAGUAACAACACAAUCACUGCCCAAAUACUGUGUAAUACCUCAGUGACUGGCUAUCUGUCUGUAGUAUUGAAAUAUUGUUUCAUACUUGUUAACAUUGACACCCACACACUCUGUGGUCGUGUAUACACUUACAUUUUUUUUUUUACAAAAUCUGUUCUGGUCAUUGAAAGACAUACACUAUUUUACAAGGCUUACACUAAGGGAGAUUUAUUUGGUUUUAGGUUAACAAUAGGAAAUUGUCCAAUGACCGUAUUUGCUCUGGCAUUGCAUGUUUUCCUCCCACUUACAUCAGUCUAGACAUGUAUGUUAACGAAACCAAAUAGAUUUUACCAAUAUCUGAAGUCAUAAUGAGGGAUGGCUCUUACACGUUUGGCACAUAGCCAACAGAUACCUAGUGGAUAUCAAAGGUGUUUUGUCUAUUAAUAAAAAAGUGGCGUUGACACAAUUUAGACGACCAUCUCUGUAGCCCAAACCAACCUGGCCUGCCCUUCGCUCGAUCUUCUCUAUGAGUGCUGCUUAGCUCUAUUCCGUGGUCCCUAUGCUAUGCUAACUGCUGUGUCUUGUAUUGUCUUAUGGGCUCUAGGUACCUGCUUCCCUGGGUUGGUUCCCACACUCUGUAACAGUGAUCCUCAUGCAGGCAGGGUGUGUGUGUGCCUCUGCCAGUCCAUGACUCUGCACUUCUCCCAUUCAGCCAGCUCAGUUCAGGCUCAGGUUGCGUCCCAAAUGGCACCCUAUUCCUUAUGCAGUGCACUCCCUUUGACCAGUGCCCAUGGAGCUUUGGUCAAAACUAGUGCAAUAUAUAGGAAAUAGGGUGCCACUUGGAAUGCUGGCCCACGCUCAGCCCCAGCCACCGCCUGCCUGGCUGUUUGUACAGCUGCCCUUUAGGCUGUCACUGCACUGAAUCAAUCAGGCCAGCAGAGCAGGGCUACGGUUGGCUACAGUAGUAGGCUACGCUAAGAGAACCAUUAGGGGGAGUAGGGGACUGGAAACUGGGAACACAUGUCAGCGAUGUGCUGCUGACCUACAGUUUACUGUACUGCCAAAGUACUAGCCUGGUCCCGUAUCUGUUUGGCAUGACAUUUGGCAUUACCAUGAAUGACCAUAGGAGUUGGCAAGACAGCACAAACAGAUCUGGCACCAGGCUAGGAAAGUACAAGCCAGGGCCAGACAUAGAGUACAGUACUAAAUGCAGAAUAGCACAAAUCAUUGGGAGGAGUUCAGUUAUGAUGGAUCAGAUUUGCUUUUCACUUCUGCUUUUGAUUUCUGAGUUUAGAACCUAUGAAUCAAUCUAGGACCAAAGUAAACUGAAACUGCCCAGUAUCAUUGCAAGGGUUUCAUUGACAAAAUGCUUAAUUAAUGCUAUGUGUGUGUGCGUGUGAGAGUGUGUGCAUAUGAGUGUGAUUGUGAGUGUGCUUGCCUGCAUGCGCAUGCAUGUCCCAGUAUAAGAAUCUGUCUUUGGGAACCAGCCACUGUGUCAGAGUGAAUAUCUAUAAACAGAGAAUGUCAGCUAUGUACGUGAUAUGAUAGCCUCGUAAAAUCAAAGUGUUGCUAGCUACUGUCAGAGGAUUGGCCACAGCUCUGCUCCUGCUCCGGGGGACAGAGGGGAUGUGCAUCCCAAAUGGCACCCUACUACUUAUAUAGUGCACUACUUUUGAUCAGAGACCUAUGAGCCUUGGUAAAAAGUAGUGCACUAAAUUGGGAAUAUGAUGCCAUUUUGGACAGAGUGGAUAUGUGGGAAAUGUCUGUGGGAAGGGAUUAGCCCUCCUCACAUUAUACAGCACGGAACACUGGGGAACUAAUGAGGAAUUCUGGUAGAAAUCUGACACAUUAGGCUUAGUCCCACCAUUGAUCAGGCUUUUGACGUUUGUGUGUGUGUGUGUGUGUGUGUGUGUGUGUGUGUGUGUGUGUGUGUGUGUGUGUGUGUGUGUGUGUGUGUGUGUGUGUGUGUGUGUGUGUGUGUGUGUGUGACCCUUCACCGCUGCUGAAUUGGUCAGGGCCUUUCCAUGCCGAGACCUGAAUGUAAAGUGGCUCUUUUGACUUUGACUCUUUCAAGAUAUGAGAGUAAAAUGAAUAUUCUCACACUUUCAUUGUGGGUUGUGGUCACACCGGUUUUUGAAGCUCUAUAGUGACGUUUUACCAUUUCAUACAGUCAGAAAAAGGAAAUGAAACGAGACGUAGAGAUUACUGGUAAAUGAUGCUAACUAGAAAAGAAGAAAGCGUCCACUUUGGUUUGUAUAAGACUGAUGACGACAAAGCCCUCCCGAGUGGCGCAGCGGUCUAAGGCACUGCAUCGCAGUGCUGAGGCAUCACUACAGACCUGGGUUCGAUCCCAGGCUGUGUCACAGCCGGCCGUGACCGGGAGACCCAUGAGGCGGCGCACAAUUGACCCAGCGUUGUCCAGGUUAGUGGAGUGUUUGGCUGGCCGGCCUUGUCUCAUCAUGCUCUAGUGACUCCUUGUGGCGGGCCGGGCGCCUGCAAGCUGUCGUCAGUUGGACGGUGUUUCCGCCGACACAUUGGUGCGGCUGGCUUCCGGGUUAAGCGAGCAGUGUGUCAAGAAGCAGUGCGGCUUGGCAGGGUUGUGUUUCGGAGGACGCAUGGCUCUCGACCAUUGCCUCUCCCGAGUCCGUAGUGGAGUUGUAGCGAUGAGACAAGACUGUAACUACCAAUUGGAUACCACGAAACUGGGGAGAUAAAGGGGUCAAAGUUAAAUAUAUAUAUUAUUAUUUUUUUGAUUGAUGACUGCGGAUAGCUUAGCGGUUAAUAGCGUUGGGUCAGUAACCAAAAGGUCGCUGGUUUGAAUCCCCGAGCCGACUAGGUGAAAAAUCUGUCUGUGCCCUUGAGCAAAGCACUUAACCCUAAGUGUUUGCUAAAUGUCUCAAAUGUUCAUGUAAAAAAAAUGAUCAUGACAAGAUAUGGUAUCUCAGAAGAAGAAAUUAGAGCACGUUUUUUUCUUUGAUUAUAACUGAUAAGAUUACAUUGAUUAAAAACUCCUUGAAUCAAAUCAAUUGCUGGUAGUUUUGCCUCUACCAAUAUUUCCAUAUGAUUUACAGUAUAGGCUACUAAACCUGUUAAUCCCAAUAUUUUUCCCCAAUAGACGCCAGAUACCAUCAGUCUGAGCCCCAACACAGAGAGGCGGAUGGAAGUGUCUAAGACCCCCAAGCACCACCUCCCAUCUGGCUCUCAGGCCCUGAUCAAGUGGGCAGAGGAGCAUAGCUAUGGACCAGUCACCUCCUACACCCACACCCCUGUGGCUAACACCUUCAACCUGAGGCUCAGGGAGCCAGGUAAGACAAGCCAGGCUGUUUAAAGUAGACUCAGAUUUGUGUUCCAGUACUUGUUGACUGUAAUUAAACUAAUACGGUAGAUCAUGUAUGACAAACAGACCUAGGUUUAGUCAAUUCAAUAAAGAUAUCUACUAUGUAAAUAAAUUAGCUAUGCUUUGAUUUAUACGCAUUUUUCAUGAGCAUACAUUGUUAUAAAUGUAUUUAACUGUUAAAUAAUUAAUUUCUACCACAGACCAUCACCAACACAGUUUAACUGUUCUUAUAAAGACAAUAGCGUGAAAACUUGGGCCAGUUUCUGCUCUGUGCAAUUUCCAUGGCUCUAAAACCACCAGAUGACACUUUAACAGAGGUCUCUCUCUCUCUCUCUCUCUCUCUCUCUCUCUCUCUCUCUCUCUCUCUCUCUCUCUCUCUCUCUCUCUCUCCCCUUAUUUUUCUCCUUCUUUCUCUCUCUCUCCUUCUUUCUCUCUCUUUUUCUUUCUCUCUCUCCUUCUCUCCCUCAUUCUUUCUCUCCUUCUUUCUCUGUCUCUCUCUGUGUGUGUGCAUGCAUGGUGUAGGUGUCUGUCUGUGCGUGUACGUGCGUUUGUGUGUGUGUCUCUCUGUGACUAAAAUGUGUGUGUUCUGUGACUUCCAGAUGUGCUGAAUCCCCUGGACUCCAUGUUCCUUCCUUCCAUCCUGUGGGACACCAACCCCCUCCUGUCUGGUGGUCCGGGGGGUGCUGCCUCACGCUCCAUUGGCCUGCCAUUCCCCUUCCCCCCGCCCAAGGAGCAGGGCCUGCCCUACCUAUCCCUGCCCCCCUCCCUGGAGGACCAUCCCUGGCUGGGGCUGGGAGGGGAGGAGGGUGGGGAGCCUGAGGAGCAGCAGGGGACCCUCAGUGUGGGGCUCAGUGUUCAGUGUGAGGAGAACAGGAUGGUGGUCAGCAUCGACAGAGAGAGUCUGCAGGUGAGUGGAUGAAUAGCCUACUGUGACUAAUUGUGUCUGCAAUAGAGGACAGGCUGCUGUGGAAUUCACACUUUUCAUCCUUGGUUUAUCUCUGAGUCUUCCUCUUUACGGAAUAGUGACUGGCAUGUAGUUGAAUGAAUUGUGUGUAUUUUCCCAGACUGUUUGUGUUGUGUGUGUGUGUGUGUGUGUGUGUGUGUGUGUGUGCCCUACCACUGGGUACAGUGAAGCAGGCAGAACACAACAGACCACAUCACAGUCUAUUAAAUCCCGCACACUGCAAUUAGGGAUAGUUAUGGUUACAGUUGGACCAUCCUGUGGUUUUUAUGUCUUCCUGGGAACUUAAUAUCACACCGAGAAGUAGUCUGUGCUGUAGAAUGGCAUAGUGACGAUAAUGCCAAUGGAGUCUAGUGCCACAUUGUGUCUCAGCAACAGUUCUGACAGUAUUGAGAUGAUCAUUAAUCAUGAUUUGUAUUGCAAAUAUUAUAGAUUAUUGAUUGACAUUAUAUUGUUUUCUUUCUAUUUUUCAAUACUUUAUUAAUUUACUUUACCUUUUUUACCAUUGUCUCUUUCCUCAGGCCAGUGGUUAUGGUAAUGCCAACCUGACUCUUCAAGACCCAGAAUGUAAAGCGACGGUUAACUCCACCCACUACACCCUAGAGACGCCAUUGGAGGGCUGUCAGACCACCAAGUACCCCAUGCACUCCAGCUCUAUGGUCCUCUACAUCAACUCAGUGAGUACCACACACAAUGGCCAUAGCAUCUACAAAAACUAAUUGAGGGCCAGUUUCCCAGACCCUACCUAGUCUUGCGUUACCAUACUCCCAAGUCUUGUGAAGCUUGAACAUUUAAGAUACCUGGACCCAAAUAAGCCUACUCCUGGACUGAAAAAGAAGGUUCAAUGGAUAUCUCAAUUUUAAAUAGUUUUUAGUCCAGGAUUAGGCCAAAUCUGGGUCUGGGAAACCUAUGAGUGCUGUAUCCCCCAACCCUAGCCUGUUACUCUGAACAAUGGUAAAAUCAGUUAUCUCUGUUGAUAUCAUGGGAGAAGCACCCAGGGCCAAAACUUAGGACAACACUAUGAAAAUGUUAUGGGAUUCAGUAUUACCGUUAAACCCUUUCUCAGCAGAGUUCAUCAUUAACAUGGAAUGCAACAUGUGCUUUCACUAACAAGCAACGAUAAAUCACUUCUCCGCGGAUCUCUUAAAUUAUUUUCGGAGCAAGGUUACAAAACACAUUUGUGUCCAAAUAGAGAUUAGAAAUAUCAGGCACACACCCAAAGUUCUCCCAAUUUUUUAUCUCUUGUCUUGGAUGCAGACCCCUAUGGUCAAAACAAAUUAAUCUUCAUUUAUCUGUUUCUCGAUACAUCAAAGCCACAUAUCCUUGUAUGGUCCUUGUUUGUCCCAUCCUACAAUAAGGCAUUUUAAUUACUAAUCUACGCACCAGCAGGAAUAAACUAAAUGUCAAUGACAAUAAUUCACCUCAUUUAGCCCGUGUCUUCCAGCCCUAAAUGUAUGAAGUACACAGCAGGCUUCCAGUGUUUCUUUAAACUGACUAAAUGAGAAAUAUGCUUCACGGGGUCUGCCUGAGUGAGCUCUGGACUGUUGAAAUCUCUGGACGUUCCCACGUUUUAAUUCCAGCUCAUCUGUUGCAGAAUGUUUUGGCAGCUAGAUUCAGAUCAGAGCCCUGUCACUGGUGUCCUGAGCCCUUGAAUGAAGCAACACCAUUCACAUGCAGAAAAUUAUUGGAAAAUAGUUUGGCGCCGAUCACUGGGAAAGUGUCCUGGUCUGUGUCUCAAAUGGCUCCCUAUAUAGUGCACUGCUUUUUACCAGAGCCCUGACAAAGUUAGUGCUCUAUAAAGGGAAAUAGCUAGGGUGCCAUUUGGGGCGCAUACUGUAUCUGAACUGUGUUCACUGAUGUGUUCAACUCCUCUAUGGUUGACAUCCAGAUCCUGAUAAGUCAUGCUGAGCCUAAGGAUGGGAGUGGUGGUCCCCUGGAUUACGAGGAUCUAGAGUCCGGAGACGUGACCCCUGGGGAGGCAGAGGAGCUAGAGAGGCUGGAGAGGGCUGCUUUCCUUGAGCACACCACAGGCCCUGAUCACAGGUCAUCCAUUCUGGUAAAACAUUAAGACUCCCUCGAAAAAGAGGUUGGUUUUUAACCUCAAGUGAGUUUCUCCUUGUUAAAUUAAGACUACAUUAAAAAUGAAUUAAGAUUGCAGCAUUGCAUGACAGGGCCUGCCUGGGGUUGGGAGAGCUGGGAGUCAAGACCAGACCACUGAUCAUCAAUAAAUAAAUAGAGUCUCAUCUUAUAGAUGGCGCUGUACUAUAUGGCUGCCGUCUUGCGUGCGCCAAUCCAACUUUACUAUUUUGUUAUUCUUUUGGUGUUUAUCUUUACUUUUUUUGCAAAAAGUGGAUCCUCUAUAAUUUCUUAUGAUCCACAACAACUUUUGAAUAGCAGAUCGGCAGUUACUAUCCUCAAUUCUGGCUUCAACUUCGACUUCGACUCAUCUGCCCUGGGCUAUUUGUGUAAUUCCUACCCAAUUAUAUAUUUUUUUUGAUUGGCUCUUCUCUCAUUCUUCGUCCAGUUCAACUCUUUUGAUUGGCUGUCUCUCCUUCUCUCUCCCCCUCCCCCAGUUCAACUGCACCUACAGCAAGAACCAGGACACCCUAGGAGGAUCAGGAUCAUCAGGAUCGUUUUCCCAUAUCGCCCCGGCAGCUAAGGAACCGGUCAGAACCGACGUGAUGUUCAACAUGGAGCUGUACAACACCCAACUCUUCCGCUAUCCGUCAACCCAGGCCUUCCACACUGUUUCCAAAAAUCAACAGGUCUUCGUAGAGGUAAAUGGAGCAGUGAACUACUACAAAUGUACUGUACCAGGCUGGCUGUAACCGUUUUUAAUAUGUUGAAGUAAUACAUUGUGUCUGUUGUAUUUUUAGCCUGUUUGUGAUUCGCUCAGAUUAAUAUAGUUAGUAGGCUAGUAUCCAGAUGUUAGGACGUGAAUUGUUGGAGCGAUUUCACAAGUUGUCUGUGUGUGUGUCCGUGUCUCUGUCUCUCUUAAAUAUGAGGCCUGUCAAAACAACAGUGAGGACUGUUCUGUGUGUACACUGUGUCUGGACUGUCUGGUCCACUUUCAUCUUUUAGUGUUUUAGCUUCCACAGGGUCCGUUGAUAUUUGGUCUGGGUCGGAAGAAUAUAAAGCUAACAUAUCCUCUUUCUCCUCUUAGCUGCCCCACAGCCAUUGUCUCUGUCCUCCCAUGAGUCUCAAGUGUCCUAGUACUGAACAGUAUUACUAGAGAGGUCCUACAGGGAGGUUGUGUAAGAAAAGGUAGAGAUUCAUACUGAGCCCACUCUCUCCCAACUCCACACCUCUCACACUGGGCUGAGAUCUACCAUGCCCUGUCCUGGUCCCUGAGACUAUGGUCCAAACUAAGGUGUGUAGGAAACUGCUGUUGUGCAACACGUGUGUCAUAACAUGUGUUACUCAUAGGUCAGGUCAUAGCCUGUUUUUAUUGUCUGGACUUUCUCUCAACUGUCCUUUGAAAGGGGCGUGUGUGUGUGCCUGUGCAUGCGUGUGUGUGGCGUGCAUGCGUGUGUCUGUGCUUUUGACUGGGCAAGCUUUUUGACAACCUUGGCAUGGUGAUGGCACAGACAAAAAACAGAAAAACACAUUUAGGUUUUCAGUGGAAAAAAAGAACGAAAAGGCAGCAGAGGGAUAAUAAUUCAAGGAAAUGCCUUGUGGUCUGCCGACGGAAAGAUCCCAUUAAAACUUUUUGAAGGGACUGAAAUCCACUUCAGGAUUUGUGAUUCUUGGACCUGAUAACACUCUGAUAGUGUUCCUUUAGCUUGUUCUCUGUGUUAAAACAAAUUGUCAGCUCCUGGACUGACAGAGAGUGUACAGACGAAUGCCAAGAUGGUGCUCUUCACAGAACUUUGUAGGCCGAAACAGAUAGUUUGUCAAUUUGACGACGUCGAUGAGAGGAUUCAACAAUAAAAUCAUUGGACACCUUUAGAGGCUGUAGCAAUCAUACAGCCCAAGUCUCCACACAUUGCUUACACUUUAGAAAUGGUAAAACAUUUGUAUGACUUGAGUUUAUUGUUUUUAUGAAAAAUGACACAAUGUUCCCUGUAUUUUUAAUAAAAAAAUAUUUUAUCUUCAUAUUUUUUUCUCUUUUCUCCCGUGCUUCAGAUUGGAGCUUUCAAAGUCGACCCAGAGCUAGGGUUCAUGAUCCAGACCUGCUUCAUCUCUGCCAAGUCCAACCCCAACAUCCCGUCUUACUACACCCUGAUAGAGAACAUCUGCCCUACGGACGACACGGUCAAGUACUACCCUCAGAGAGACCUCCCUAUCCCCCACUCCCAGACCGACAGGAAGAGGUUCAGCUUCACUUUCAACUCACCCUUCAACGAAUCGUUGCUCUUUCUGCACUGUGAAAUGUCUCUCUGCUCCAAGAGACCCCACAACAACCAGGGACGGGCUAUGGUACAUUGUUUUUCUUUCGUGUCUGUUCAUUCUGCACACUAUGUACAUUUACUGCCGACCUCUGCAACAAAGAUAUCAGUAAUAUUAUUUAUUGGGAUAGAUUUACAGUAUGUGUUGAAUAGAGAGGGGGAGUAUGAAGAGUUGUGGAGGUUGGCCCAGGGAUUGAACCCUGGUCUUUUACGGGGCAGGUGUAGUCCAGAGCCGACUGCGCCACUGCCAAACCAUCUGCCUCUUUCUGUAACACAGACACAACUGGCAUGACCUGAAUCUGUGGUCUAUGCAAUGAUUCAUACAUUGUAUGGUAAUUUGAGCAGCAUUCAGUGUAGGUUAGAUUGUGUUUACAGUGUGACUGGCCAGGCCAGUCAUUCAGAAGGUCUGUGCUCCACUCUGCAGAGACUUGGCACCGAGCUAGGCCUGCUGCACAGUCUGCCAGUCUCAAUCCAUUCUGAACCAGAGCAGGAAGCAUACAUCUACUUCAGGUUUCCUAAGUAACCAUCUGUAGAACCAAAACAAGCCACUAGCUCAAGUGUCACUUUUCCUUCCUUCGCCUCGCUGUACUAUAGCCUCUCUCUCUCUCUCUGCUAUGUCAUUGCACUUUCAUAACCUUUUCCAAGCAGUUCUUUCUGCUCAGUGCUCGCCCAGCCACCCUCUAUUUGGGUCUCUGGUGGUAUUCUACACGAAAACUUCUUCAGAGUCAGGCUGGGGCUCCAAACUGACUCACACCAGAGCUGCAGCUGAAUGUUUACAUCAAAUUGAAUUGGUCACAUACACAUAUUUAGCAGAUGUUAUUGCGGAUGCAGUGAAAUGCUUGUGUUUCUAGCUCCAACAGUGCAGUAAUAUCUAACAAUUCACAACAAUACACACACUACACACAAAUCUAAAAGUAAAAGAAUGGAAUUAAGAAAUAUAUAAAUAUUAGGACGAGCAAUGUCGGAGUGGCAUAGACUAAAAUACAGUAGAAUAGAAUACAGUAUAUACAAAUGAGAUGAGUAAAGCAACAAUAUGUAAACAUUAUUAAAGUGACUAGUGUUCCAUUAUUAAAGUGGCCAGUGAUUUCAAGUCUAUGUAUAUGGGGCAGCAGCCUCUAAGGUGCAGGGUUACGUAACCGGGUGGAAGCCGCCUAGUGAUGGUUAUUUAACAGUCUGAUGGCCUUGAGAUAGAAGAUGUUUUUCAGUGUCUCGGUCCCAGCUUUGAUGCACCUGUACUGACCUAGCCUUCUGGAUGAUAGCGGGGUGAACAGGCAGUGGCUCGGGUGGUUGUUGUCUUUGAUUAUCUAUUUGGCCUUCCUGUGACUUCGGGUGCUGUAUGAGGGCAGGUAGUUUGCCCCCGGUGAUGCGUUGGGCAGACCGCACCACCCUCUGGAGAGCACUGCGGUUGCGGGCGGUGCAGUUGCCAUACCAGGCGGUGAUAUAGCCCAACAGGAUGCUCUCAAUUGUGCAUCUGUAAAAGUUUGUGAGGGUUUUAGGUGCCAAGCCACAUUUCUUCAGCCUCCUUCAGCCUUCUUCACCACACCGUCUGUGUAGGUGGACCAUUUCAGAUCAUCAGUGAUGUGUACGCCGAGGAAGCUGAAGCUUUCCACCUUCUCCACUGUGGUCCCGUCGAUGUGGAUAGGGGCGUGCUCCCUCUGCUGUUUCCUGAAGUCCACGAUCAGCUCCAUUGUUUUGAUGAUGUUGAGUGAGAGGUUAUUUUCCUGGCACCACACUCCCAGGGCCCUCACCUCCUCCCUGUAGGCUGUCUUGUCAUUGUUGGUAAUCAGGCCUACUACUGUUGUGUCGUCUGCAAACUUGAUGAUUGAGUUGGAGGCGUGCGUGGCCACGUAGUCAUGGGUGAACUGGGAUUACAGGAGGGGGCUGAGCACGGACCCUUGUGGGGCCCCUGCAUUGAGGAUCAGCGAAGUGAAGGUGUUGUUUCCUACCUUCACCACCUGGGGGCGGCCCGUCAGGAAGUCCAGGACCCAGUUGCACAGGGCGGGGUUCAGACCCAGGACCCCUAGAUUUAUGUUGAGCUUGGAGGGUACUAUGGUGUUGAAUGCUGAGCUAUAGUCAAUGAACAGCAUUCUUACAUUUUUAUUUUUUAUUUAACCUUUAUUUAACUAGGCAAGUCAGUUAAGAACAAAUUCUUAUUUACAAUGACGGCCUACACCGGCCAAACCCGGACGACGCUCUGCCAAUUGUGCGCCGCCCUAUGGGACUCCCAAUCACGGCUGGUUGUGAUACAGCCUGGAAUAGAACCAGGGGUUCUGUAGUGACGCCUCAAGCACUGAGAUGCAGUGCCUUAGACCACUGCGCCACUCGGGAGCCCAUAGGUAUUCCUCUUGUCCAGAUGGGAUAGGGCAGUGUGCAGUGCGAUGGCGAUUGCAUCGUCUGUGGAUCUAUUGGGGCGGUAAGCAAAUUGAAGUGGGUCUAGGUCAUCUGGUAAGGUAGAGGUGGUUAGUAUAGGGAUUAGGGGGAAGGAACACAAGUUUUCACUAGGUAUGAUUUCCCACAAAUUAUACAUGUGGUCAAAGAUCAAAAGGGAUGCUUGGUCUUGGGUAAAGGUGUAGAUUGGUCUUUUAAACUGCUUUUGUCAUAUGAAUACAUGUAACAGUCUCAUGGCUGAUAAGUAAAUCAUACAAAAAAUGGUACAUUUUAAUGGGAAAAUUCAUGAGGUAUGUUAUAUAUGAAAUUAAUGAAAUUCAUUAAAAGUGAAUGUGGUAUAUGAAAUCCAAGGCUGAAUUAUUAGGGAUUUCUCAGUGGUCCUAUUGUGUUUCUCUCCAUGCAGUGUAUCCAACCGGAUGAGGCAUGUACAUCUGUCAACGGAGAGAUCAUCCUAGCCAUGAUGAUGAACACAAAGACUUCUACCAAGACCCUAGUGGUGGUGGAAGAACAUGACACAGAGGAAGAGGAACCAGGUGAGUGGACUAUUAACGCUAACGUAUUGUAUAGUCCUCAUAACCAAUGUAAUCUCUAUGAUGAACCAGCUUAUCCAAAAUAUAUGUGGAGGAUGGCAUAAAUUUGCUGAAGUAAGAAGUAAUUUAGGAAGGCCCUAAAAAUGGUCAAAGACUCCAGCCGCCCUAGUCAUAUACUGUUCUCUCUGCUACCGCACGGCAAGCGGUACCGGAGUGCCAAGUCUAGGUCCAAAAGGCUUCUUAACAGCUUCUACCCCCAAGCUAUAAGACUUCUGAACAGCUAAUCAUGGCUACCCAGACAAUUUGUGUUGUCCCCCCCACCCCACCCCAUCCCCCUCUUUUACGCUGCUGCUACUCUGUUUAUUAUUUAUGCAUAGUCACUUUAACUCUACCCACAUGUACAUAUUACCUAAAUUACCUCGACUAACCCCUGCCCCCGCUCAUUGACUGUGUACCGGUACCCCCUGUAUAUAGCCUCCCUACUGUUAUUCUAUUUUACUGCUGCUCUUUAAUUAUUUGCUAUUUUUAUUUUUUACUUAACUAUUUUUUACUUAACACUUUUUUUUAUUCUCUUUUCUUAAAACUGCAUUGUUGGUUAAGGGCUUGUAAGUAAGCAUUUCACUGUAAGGCUGUAUUCGGCGCAUGUGGCAAAUAACAUUUUAUUUGAUUUCCCUCUUUCCCUCCCUCCCUUCUUCCCUCCCUCCCUAUACAUCAGAACAGUGAUGUAGUCAAGUCACUAAACCUCCAGUCCAUGUCCAAGUCCUUUUAUACUCGAGUCACGAGUCCUUUGCUAGUGCUAAAAGCUGCGGUCCAACCAUUAAAAAAAACUAAGUUAUAUUACAGUGUUGCACGAGUCAAGUUCGAGUACUGGACUCGAGUACUACAACACUGCAUCAGAGACUAAUCUUAGUGUAGUCUUGCGAGACAUACUGAAAGUCUCAUUCUGGCUGGCUAACAUUUAUAUGAAUGUCUGUGGAGAGAGUCUAGCUGAGACACAUGCAGGGAGCUGAGUCAGUUGGCCAGAGGAGACAGAGCUGUGUUGAGGGUCAUCGAAGAAGGACAGGAAGACAGAGUAAAUAAGAGAACAGUCUGGGUGGCAGGAAGGACAUCCCAGGGAAAACCAACCUCAGUUCUGCAGGAAGAGAGGCAGAGAAAACUGUUCUAGUCACAAUGCAAGCGCAUCGCAUCCUCCCUCCAUCCCUCUGCAUCUGGAGUUUAUUAGCGUGUGGUGGGAGUGUGUGUGUGUGGGUGUGGGGGGGUAAGUGUGCUCAUUGGAGCAUAGCUGGGGUUUGGGGGGCUUGCUGCUAGCGCUGAGGCUCCAUCCCAGUUCUACCACAGUUCUACCAAGCAGUACUGUGCGGAAGGAGCGGAAAAAGACGAGUCAUCCACAUCCAUCCAGUUGUUUUCACUUAGCCCUUCUCUGUGGCCUCCCCUUCCCGGUAGAGAGAAGGAGGGAGGGAGAGAGGGAGAGGAGUGGAGUGGUCUUCUCGCUAGCUUUGGGAGCGUAUCCAGACCUAGAGGGCCCCUCAUCGCUGCAUUAGUCAAAUGCUUUUUCACUCACUCCGUCAGCCACACAGUCAUUCCCCUCUUUGGAGCAGAGGGCUGGGUGUGUGUGUGUAUGUGUGUGUGAUCAGAGGGUGGGGUAGACUGGGGAGGUCCUGGGAUCACGCAGGCCCAGGAUCACUCACAUAAGAGGACAAAACAGAAAAAAUAUCUGAUAAAACUGCAGUUCCUCACAAUAAAAUAACAGCUCUUAAUAAAGAUUAUUUAAAAAACAAGAGCAGCUCUAUACGACAUUAAAACAUAGUUUUGAGCUGAUAGGAACUCCAGGUCCAAUUCAUUAAGACAGGCCUUUGAAGGCGUUAGAAAGUCCUUAGUUGUGGAUCUCAUCAAGGAGUUAGUCCUCAGUGUGGCUUUGUGUAAAGACAUCGACCUGAUUGCGUGUGUGCGGGGGUGUGUGUUGUGGCAGACAGGUCCAUGCGUCAUUAGGCUGUCUGGUCCAGGGAGUUCUUAUACCGAACAUCACAUUGCAUCCAUUAUGAUCUAAACCAUAGAUGGGGUGAUAUCAUGAGAGCCCCUUUGCUAUUUUCACUGCCAGGGCUUUUCCAAUCAGCAUCCCCUUAUGGGGUGAUAACAUCAACAAGUGGACUGUGGUUGGUGGGUGUGAUGUCUCACAAGUUGCGUCCCAAAUGGCACCCUAUUCCCUAUGGGCCUUGGUCAAAAGUAGUGCACUAUAAAAGGAAUAGGCUGCCAUUUAGGAUGCCACACUUGACUCACAGGUCUAAUCAUACUGUGUUAAUCACUAAGGGCAGAUGAAGCAUGGCAAACAGUAAUGGGGACUUGGGGAGUGUUUACUAAUGGACUUGAUUUGGCCUGUGUGAACAAAUGAGCACCAUGCCACUGCAGGGCCUGAACAUUGGGCACAGACUCAGGCUGCGUCAGAAAUGGCACCCUAUUCCCUAUAUAGUACAUUACGCAAAUGUUCCGGAGCAUGUCUUUAAGUAAGCACAGAUAUGCCAAAAACUCUAAUGAAAAAAAGACUGCUGGGCUCAGAAACCAUGCUUUUAAUACAAAGGCAUCUCUAAUGGUGAGAUGGCAAAGAAAACAAGCAGUCUUUUCAAGCAACUGGAGUCCUGCACUGGACAGGAUCCCAAUGAGUUCAGCUUGAUCUACAAAUCAAAGAGGGCUGUUUGUGGGCAGUUUGGUGCACAGAAAAACAUAAAUGCCUCAAAGCUCAGCCAUCAAAGCUACAUUUACUGCCUCACAACAUCAAUACAUUUUCACAAUUUCUACGGAACUGCGAGCUGUAAGGAACAUUUUAACAAAAUCAUCCAUUUCCUCCUAGUUACCCACAUGAAUAAAAUCUACAGUUUACUAUAGAAUAUAGCAGUACUUACUAUAGAAUUCUAUAGUAAACUGUAGUAUGCUGUAGAAUACUAUACUACACACUGCAGUAUCCCUCAAUCAUGUGUAGUACUUACUAUAGAAUGUUAUAGUAUACUGUAGAAUACUAUAGUAAAUACGACAGUUUUAUCCUAAAAAUAAGCAGUAGUAAAUACUACAGUAAUGUCCGCAAAAAUGCCACAGUCCGCAAAAACACUACAGAAAAUACUACAGUAUUUAAUUUGCAUAUAUGUACAUACACCAACCAGAAGCCAUGGAUUACAGGCAACAUCUGCACUGAGCUAAAGGGUAGAGCUGCUGCUUUCAAGGAGUGGGACUCUAACCCGGACGCUUAUAAGAAAUCCUGCUAUGCCCUCCAACGAACCAUCAAACAGGCAAAGAGUCAAUACAGGACUAAGAUUGAAUCAUACUACACCGGCUCUGACGCUCGUCGGAUGUGGCAGGGCUUGAAAACUAUUACAGACUACAAAGGGAAGCACAGCCGCAAGCUGCCCAGUGACACAAGACUUCCAGACGAGCUAAACCACUUCUAUGCUCGCUUCGAGGCAAGCAACACUGAAGCAUACAUGAGAGCACCAGCUGUUCUGGAUGACUAUGUGAUCACGCUCUCCGUAGCCGAUGUGAGUAAGACUUUUAAGCAGGUCAACAUUCACAAGGCCGCAGGGCCAGACGGAUUACCAGGACGUGUACUCCGAGCAUGUGCUGACCAACUGGCAAGUGUCUUCACUGACAUUUUCAACAUGUCCCUGACUGAGUCUGUAAUACCAACAUGUUUCAAACAGACCACCAUAGUCCCCGUGCCCAAGGACUCUAAAAUAACCUGCCUAAAUGACUACCAACCCGUAGCACUGACGUCUGUAGCCAUGAAGUGCUUUGAUAGGCUGGUCAUGGCUCACAUCAACACCAUUACCCAGAAACCCUAGACCCACUCCAAUUUGCAUACCGCCCCAACAGAUCCACAGAUGAUGCAAUCUCUAUUGCACUCCACACUGCCCUUUCCCACCUGGACAAGAGGAACACCUACGUGAGAAUGCUAUUCAUUGACUACAGCUCAGCAUUCAACACCAUAGUGCCCUCAAAGCUCAUCACUAAGCUAAGCAUCCUGGGACUAAACACCUCCCUCUGCAACUGGAUCCUGGACUUCCUGACGGGCCGCCCCCAGGUGGUAAGGGUAGGUAACAACACAUCUGCCACACUGAUCCUCAACACGAGGGCCCCUCAGGGGUGCGUGCUCAGUCCCCUCCUGUACUCCCUGUUCACCCAUGACUGCAUGGCCAGGCACGACUCCAACACCAUCAUUAAGUUUGCCGACGACACAACAGUGGUAGGCCUGAUCACCGACAACGAUGAGACAGCCUAUAGGGAGGAGGUCAGAGACCUGGCCGUAUGGUGCCAGGAUAACAACCUCUCCCUCAACGUGACCAAGACAAAGGAGAUGAUUGUGGACUACAGGAAAAAAAAGAGGACUGAGCACGCCCCCAUUCUCAUCGACGGGGCUGUAGUGGAACAGGUUGAGAGCUUCAAGUUCCUUGGUGUCCACAUCACCAACGAACUAUCAUGAUCCAAACACACCAAGACAGUCGUGAAGAGGGCACGACAAAGCCUAUUCCCCCUUAGGAGACUGAAAAGAUUUGGCAUGGGUCCUCAGAUCCUCAAAAAAUUUAACAGCUGCACCAUCGAGAGCAUCCUGACUGGUUGCAUCACCGCCUGGUAUGGCAACUGCUUGGCCUCCGACCGUAAGGCACUACAGACGGUAGUGCGUAAGGCUCAGUACAUCACUGGGGCCAAGCUUCCUGCCAUCCAGGACCUCUAUACCAGGCGGUGUCAGAGGAAGGCUCUCAAAAUUGUCAAAGACUCCAGCCACCCUAGUCAUAGACUGUUCUCUCUGCUACCGCACGGCAAGCGGGAGGACCCAUGCCAUAAGACUCCUAAACAGCUAAUCAUGGCUACCCGGACUAUUUGCACUGCCCCCCCCCCCCCCCCCCCCCCCCACCUACAGGUUAUACAAAAGACCAGAAGCUCUGAACUCUCCAUUCAGAACCCAGUCCUACCUACAGGUUCUACUUUUAGUAUUUAUCCAGUAGGUUUCCUGAAGGAGAAAGCCUCCACUUCUAUGUCAAAGAUAAUAAAACAAAAACACUAUAGUAAAUACUACAGUAUACUACAAUCCACAAAAACACUACAUUAAUUACUAUAGUGUAUAUAUUACAGUUUUCCUUUAUUACAGUAUUUAUACUAUAGUUAACUGUAAAUACUACAGUAUACUACAUUAAAUACAAAUUUCAAGUUUGAAGUUUUAAUGUCACGUGCACAAGUACAGUGAAAUGCCUUUCUUGCAAGCUCUAAACCCAACAAUGCAGUAAUCAAUGACAAUGUAUUACUAAAAAUAACAUAAGGUAGUACAAAAAUACACAAUAAAUACAAAUAAUAAGAAUACGAGAAAGUAAGUAAGCAUAAUAUAUACAGGGUCAGUUAGUUCCAGUACCAUAUUUACAAUGUGCAGGGAUACUGGAGUGAUAGAGGUAUAUAUGUAAAUACUACAGUAUUUACUGUGUUUAUGUAGACUUUAGUCCACAGAAACACUACAGUGAAUACUACAGGAAAGUCUGCAAAAACACUACAGUGAAUACUAUAGUAUUUAUACUAUAGUAUACUAUAGUAUUUUGUCAUGUGGGUAUUAGUGAAAGAGACAGUGAGUAGUGUUGAAUAGUGGUAAGAACCUUGAGCUAUGAAAAUAAGUCUCCCCACACUUGAAUCAGAUGCAGGUUUCAGUGCUAAGCUUCAGAUACAAGAUAUAAUUUGCUAAGCUUUCAGUCAACAGCCAACUUUGUUAGAGCGCCGCUAUUUUGAAUCCCCUGUUCCAUAUCUCCCUUCCUUUGACUUGUUUACAGUACAUAAAUUAUACAACACACAAAACUGUCUGACUGAGUGCCUGUUAGCUGACUGACUGGCAGUAAGUUGUGCAACCAAGUCAACUGGCGUAUCAUUUAUCUGAAUACAGACCUCGGAUGUCAAGGAUCUCACAGGGACGCCAUUAGUCAAUUCUACACACUUUGGGGAGACAGGUUGGAGUUCAGGGUUCAGAGGUUAAGAGAAACAAGGCACCACACCACUAAAGAAGUGUUCUUCUGUUCCACUCUGUGAACAGAAAACUCUGGGCAAACAAAUGACGUUGACUCUAUUGAGCGACUAUCGGUUCAGGGUCAACUGUGCCUAGACCAUACGGAGAUGAGAACAUCGCCUUGCCUUAAGUUUCCUUUCUCUCUUUCACUCUCUCUCUCUCUCUCCCCCUCUCUCGCUCUUCCUCUCACACAUGUAGCAGAGCUGAGAUCAUUGUGAAAGCUAAAUUAGUAUAAAGAACAAAGCUUUGCUUCUUACAUUGAGAAUGGUUGGACCUCAGGGUGUCUUUCAUACUGUUGUCAGAUUUGCUAGUUGCAGAGUUGGUCUGGGAGGAAGACACAGGGAUAGCUGACUACUCCACCAUCUUUAUGACCCUUACACAGAACCUCAGAGCUCUCACCCAUACUUGGAACCUCAGCUGGCCCAAAACCCCAACAGAGGUGGGGCUAUCCAUUCAUAGUCUGACCUGGCUUGGAAAGAUCUUCCGCUACAGUCUUUUCAUACGUUGUUUCAUACUUCAUAAACUACAACUGUACUGUAAAACUAAUCUCCACGAGUAGUGGUUCAUGUAACUCCUUUAACCACAGUGUGAUAGUUUUGCUGGUCUCAACUUGUCUUUGGCUCCUCUAUCCUCUCCUCUGACCUGGGUGUUGACGGGUCAGCUUUGCAUUCUCUAAAUAACGAGCCGAAGGAACAGAUAAGACUGGAGAGGAGGAGGAGUGGGAGGGAGGGGUGAAGAGGGGAUGGAUUGAGGGAUGGAGGGGAGGGGGAAGGGAUGGAGGGUUGAAGAAAGAGGGGGCUGUCAUGUUACCACCACCCCUUGUGAAAUCAAACUCUCCUGUGAUGGUUCUGUCAUCGUCUGUCAUGAGGGAAUGAAAACCCAAAGGUGUUCUUUCCCAGAAUAGCUGGUCAUUGUGCCGGAGUCUUGGACCCGGACCAAGCCUGCUCUUGAGUUCGCCUCUACACAAUAAGCACCAUUGUAUUGUUUGUUCAGAAGUAAUUAGAAGCUAAUUUGACUUUUGAAAGCCAUCCAGAUGACCGGAAAUGAAGGAGUAAGCUGAGACCUGUUAGAAGUCAACAGGUUCAUCUUGGCACUCUAUUCCUUUUAUUGAGUACUACUUUUGACCAGGGCCGUGGGGCUUUGGCCAAAAGUAAUGCACUUUAUUGGGGAUAGGGAGCCAUUUGAUACAUAGACUUAAGGUUCUGUUAGUUAGCAAUUGGAACAGCUUUGAGUUACAUCAGAUCUCUGUACCACAUUUGUUAGAACUACAGUUAUCUACACAAUGUCAUUUUCUGGAUCUGGUUAUCCCAAGGUAGUUAGGUUCAUUGGGUGGCUCAGCUUCCAUUCAUAGGCACUGUCACUUUAUGUCAAAGCAAGUGUUCUUGAUGCUUCAACACGUAGUUGAGAUGUGGUGUUUUCAUGCAUCUACAAAUGUGUUACAUUGUUGUUCUGUGUUAACACCAGUCUGUGUUUUAUGUUUCAGUGCCUCCCACUCGCACGGCAUCACAAGGCCCUCCUGACCCGCCAGGGGAAAGUAAGUCAAUCAUUGCGAGGAGAUUCUAAACCAAUGGUUUUUAUAUGUCAGGAUCUUAGAUCACUUUAAAAUAAUCAUUGUUGACCAGAUUGAGUUAUGUCAUUUGCAUGUUGUUUUCAUACUGUCGUGCCCAAAGAAAAUUAAAUGGUGUCGCUACCUCACUUUCAAACCAAGGUGCUGUCAUGUUUUCAAGUCAUUGAAUAACAAAUCGUCGUUAUCCUCUCCCUCAGCUGUUUUGUAUGUGUUGGACACGCCGACCGUGGUUGGGAUCGCCUUCGCUGCAUUUGUGAUCGGGGCCCUGUUGACCGGAGCCCUGUGGUUCAUCUAUUCUCAUACAGGUACGUCUCUCUGAACUGUCCCUUUACCUACUGUAUCUGGAGACACAGGUAGGUCUUGCCAUGCAGGGCUUCCUUAAAAAGAGACCUUGGAAUCAAUGGGACUCCCUGCCUAAAUAAAGGUAGAAUAAAUAAAUACAUCAUACAGUUACAUCUACAUUGGCAUACUACUUAGAAUGUAUUCCCAAUACACUGCUUCAUUUAAAGUGUUAUGAAAGUAUGGACAUUGGAACAUUCACUAGUGGUAUGCUAGUUUGGAACAUAGACCCUCAUUGGAACGUACUGUAUACAUCUGUAAACUGUCCCUUUACCUGCUGCUGCAUGAGGUCCAACCUGCUGGCCCUCAUGUAAGAGUGAAGGUUUCCCUUGGUAACCUCUCGCCACCAGGGUUAGGCUCAAUUUGAAUUGAAGCAGUCAAUUCAGGAAGUAAACUAAAAUUACAAUUCAAUAAUCGAAAAAAGGGAAUUUAUUUUCAAUGACUUCUCAAUAAACGGAAAAGUAGAAGCUAUUUAUUUCAAUAGUUUUUACAUUUCUGAAUGUUAAAUUCAAAUCACUUCCUGAAUUGACUGCCUUCAAUUCAAAUUGAGACCAACCUUGAUCAAAUGAAAUCAAAUUGUAUUUGUCACAUGCGCCGAAUACAACAGGUGUCGACUUUACUGUGAAAUGCUUACUUACAAGCCCUUAACCAACAAUGCAGUUUUAAGAAAAAUAAGAGUUAAGAAAAUAUGUACUAAACUAAAAAAUUAUAAUAUAUAAAUAAGGAGCAACAAUAAAAUAACAGUAGCGAGGCUAUAUACAGGGGGUACCGGUACAGAGUCAAUGUGUGGGGGUACAGGUUAGUCGAGGUAAUUGAGGUAAUAUGUACAUGUAGGUAGGGGUAAAGGGACUAUGCAUAGAUAAUAAACAGUGAGUAGCAGCAGCGUAAAAAAAAGGGAGGGUGGGGGUCAAUGCAAAUGGUCCGGAUAGCCAGACUAUUUGAUGGAAAGAUAAGACUAUCUAAAGAAUGUCCUAAACAUCACAGUGCCAGAAUGCUGCAAUUCUAUAAUCGGAAAACCAAGCGCUGACAGAGGCGAGUUAACAAUAACACAUUGACUCUUCUACUGUAAAUAUAUCCUGUUUGUCAGCGUAAGCGGCUCUUCUCUUUCCUGCCUUUUGAAUGGGUCUCGGGUCCUGCGGGGUGGUCAGGAGUGGUCAGUGAGUAUUCUCGGACACAAUGGCCUCGUCUCGGACAAAGAGGGGACUGGCUGGAAGCUGGAAUUUCCCCUGGCCAUUUUGUGGGGCACUCGCCAUUCGGCUCGCAGGAAGAGACACAAUCUGUCCGUUAGAUGCCAAGACCUUCCCCUCCAGCAUCCACAUUCUGAUGACCUCUGAUCCCUGCUGACCUCUAGUAGGAAGUGAGGUGGUCCCUGAGGUCUGUAGAGGACACUCCAGCACAUACUGUAGAACAAAACAGGCCGGUCUGUGCUGGUUAGCUGACCGUGGAUCUGCCUGGCCUGCCUUGAUGUUGGUGACCCCUCAUCAUCCAUUCCUGAUGUGUUCUACACAGAACACUAUGAAAUCAUUCAUAGGAUCAGUGGAUUAUGUGCUGAGUACCCCGGCAGCACACACUCUUAGAAAAAAGGGUUCCAAAAGGGUUCUUUGUAAGGCAAAGGGUUCUACCUAGAACCUUUAACAUCCUAAGAACUGUUUUUGGAAGAAAGGGUUAUUUGAUGAUUCUUUGGAAGGCAAGAAGGGUUCUACAUAGAACCAUAUAUAAUAUUUCCCAGCAUGCUUUAUUGCAGGGAGAUUUUCAGAAUUGUUUGUUUUACUGUAAUAUCUGUGUUUUUGCAUUGAUUGGUUGAUUAAUUUUAUGCUACACAAAGAUAAAUAACAUACAGUUUCCUAAACUAAUCCAAUCUGUUAGUAAUUGGAUUUAUUGCACCCGUUACUGAGAUGGUUGUUCCUGUUUAGAUGAUUGAGGUAGUCUCAGUAGUCAAUCUUCCCUACUCUGGCAGUCAUUCAGAAUACAGGUUGCGGGUGAUUAACUCUGUCUGGAUUGCAAUAGGAAUUACACAUCACUUUAUGCAAGCCGGCAUAAUGUGACUUGCAGGCCUGAUGUGGCCUGUAAACCAGGAGAUUCCUAACACCCCUGUGUUAGAGUAUAACUAGGGCCUCAAAGAAAGGCCUUUUAUAUGACAUGUGUUGUCAUAAAUAAUUACAUUUUAAAGGGUAAAAAGGCUGGUGGAACUGUUCAUAGAGCUUUCUAGGAUGAACCCUCCAAAGAUACAAUUGUCCUUGGUAGAACCCUUCAUAGAGGUUUCUAGGUAGAACCCUCUGCAAAGGGUUCUACCCAGCACCAAAAAGGGUUCCCCUAUGGGGACAAACUGAAGAACCCUGGUUCUACAUAGCACCUUUUUUGUAAGAGUGCAUAGAACAGACCAGUACUGUAUUCUGCCUGCCGGUUUAGCCAGCCCUAUAUACUGAAUGCCUACUAUGCUGCUGUUGGCCCCUCUUCACCAAUCCCUGAUGUGUUCUCUGUGGAAAACUGUGAAAUCUCUUCAUGAAUAGGAUCAGGGAGUUCUAAUGCAUUUCCUCAGGUGGGAUAAUAGAGUGUAUCUAAUCUAGGUGAGGUCAUUACAUAGAUGUGUGUCAGAUACAGUAUAAUGUAGAAGCAGUAGAGCAACAGUAGUUGCAUAUCGCAAUAUUUUUUGGGGACGAUAUUAUAUCGAUACUUUGACUACAAGUAUCACAAUUUUGCUAGGUAGCAUUAGCUAGCGCUAGUCAGCUGUUGCUUUCCAUCUUCUUUUUAAAUAGUGAGCCAACAUGUUUUCGGCACUUUUUUUCCCAUGACUGAUCAAAACUCAUUUUCUCAUGCUCUCUCUUGUCUCUCUGCAGCAGACAUAUAGUGAUCAAUAUGUUUGGAACAUCAAAUGGCAAUAAAAUCGCAUUAUUGAUUUGCAGUAUUUACAUUUACAUUUUUAGUCAUUUAGCAGACGCUCUUAUCCAGAGCGACUUACAGGAGCAAUUAGGGUUAAGUGCCUUGCUUAAGGGCACAUCGACAGAUUUUUCACCUAGUUGGCAGUACAUAUAGAAUCGUGAGAAUCGCAAUACAUAUCGUAUCGGCAUCUAAGUAUCGUGAUAAUACUGUAUCGUGAGGUCAAUUCCCAGCCCUAGGCAUCAGGCAGUCAUACUAGAAUACAGCCGUCUCCUGAGAAGUGCACAUUGGAUUAUUGUGGAAAACUCCACUAAGGUAUAAUUCAGUUAAUCAGUCUCAAUUCAAAUAAAUAUAUAUAUAUAUUUUUUUACAUGCAUUCAUUUCAUGACCAAUGUAAUUUGUAAUUACUAGUACUGAUCUGUAUCUGCAGUGUGGAAGGAGGGGUGUUAAUAAAUUUUUUCACUCCAGAUACAGUGGGGGAAAAAAGUAUUUAGUCAGCCACCAAUUGUGCAAGUUCUCCCACUUAAAAAGAUCAGAGAGGCCUGUAAUUUUCAUCAUAGGUACACGUCAACUAUGACAGACAAAAUGAGGGGAAAAAAUCCAGAAAAUCACAUUGUAGGAUUUUUUAUGAAUUUAUUUGCAAAUUAUGGUGGAAAAUAAGUAUUUGGUCACCUACAAACAAGCAAGAUUUCUGGCUCUCACAGACCUGUAACUUCUUCUUUAAGAGGCUCCUCUGUCCUCCACUCGUUACCUGUAUUAAUAGCACCUGUUUGAACUUGUUAUCAGUAUAAAAGACACCUGUCCACAACCUCAAACAGUCACACUCCAAACUCCACUAUGGCCAAGACCAAAGAGCUGUCAAAGGACACCAGAAACAAAAUGGUAGACCUGCACCAGGCUGGGAAGACUGAAUCUGCAAUAGGUAAGCAGCUUGGUUUGAAGAAAUCAACUGUGGGAGCAAUUAUUAGGAAAUGGAAGACAUACAAGACCACUGGUAAUCUCCCUCGAUCUGGGGCUCCACGCAAGAUCUCACCCCGUGGUGUCAAAAUGAUCACAAGAACGGUGAGCAAAAAUCCCAGAACCACACGGGGUGAGACCUAGUGAAUGACCUGCAGAGAGCUGGGACCAAAGUAACAAAGCCUACCAUCAGUAACACACUACGCCGCCAGGGACUCAAAUCCUGCAGUGCCAGACGUGUCCCCCUGCUUAAGCCAGUACAUGUCCAGGCCCAUCUGAAGUUUGCUAGAGUGCAUUUGGAUGAUCCAGAAGAGGAUUGGGAGAAUGUCAUAUGGUCAGAUGAAACCAAAAUAUAACUUUUUGGUAAAAACUCAACUCGUCGUGUUUGGAGGACAAAGAAUGCUGAGUUGCAUCCAAAGAACACCAUACCUACUGUGAAGCAUGGGGGUGGAAACAUCAUGCUUUGGUGCUGUUUUUCUGCAAAGGGACCAGGACGACUGAUCCGUGUAAAGGAAAUAAUGAAUGGGGCCAUGUAUCGUGAGAUUUUGAGUGAAAACCUCCUUCCAUCAGCAAGGGCAUUGAAGAUGAAACGUGGCUGGGUCUUUCAGCAUGACAAUGAUCCCAAACACACCGCCCGGGCAACGAAGGAGUGGCUUCAUAAGAAGCAUUUCAAGGUCCUGGAGUGGCCUAGCCAGUCUCCAGAUCUCAACCCCAUAGAAAAUCUUUGGAGGGAGUUGAAAGUCCGUGUUGCCCAGCGACAGCCCCAAAACAUCACUGCUCUAGAGGAGAUCUGCAUGGAGGAAUGGGCCAAAAUACCAGCAACAGUGUGUGAAAACCUUGUGAAGACUUACAGAAAACGUGUGUCAUUGCCAACAAAGGGUAUAUAACAAAGUAUUGAGAAACUUUUGUUAUUGACCAAAUACUUAUUUUCCACCAUAAUUUGCAAAUAAAUUCAUAAAAAAUCCUACAAUGUGAUUUUCUGGAUUUUUUUUCCUCAUUUUGUCUGUCAUAGUUUACGUGUACCUAUGAUGAAAAGUACAGGCCUCUCUGAUCUUUUUAAGUGGGAGAACUUGCACAAUUGGUGGCUGACUAAAUACUUUUUUCCCCCACUGUAGCUAUGGUCAAAAGUAGUGCACUAUAUAGGGAAUAGGGUACUAUUUGGGAUGCAUCCUAUUCUAUUCUGCUGUAGUCCUUGGAAAACUAUUGACUUGUAAGACCAACAUAUCCCUACAUGGAAACAUUGGCAUAGUGAAGUUUACUCCAAGAAUAUAUAUUUUCUAAAAAAUAAACUAAUUUUUUUUAAAACCAGUAAAUUAUGAAACAUCAAAUAUACCCCCCACACUUAUCCCCUCAGGAGGCGAGGGACAAUGCUAGAUAGAGGUUUGUUCACAUUAAAAAGCCAAAACCACAAAAAAAAACAAUUCUACACGGUCUCACCCACUUAUACAAAAUACUCACCUGGGCUAAAACCCUUAAACAAAAAAAACCAUUUCUUGGGGACCCCUUUUAAAAUUUUUUUUAAAAGGGAAAACUCUUGACAAAUUCCCAUGGUAAAAGUUUAAAAGAAGGAUGAGAAAAUUCUAAUUCAAAAAUUCAUGGGGUUUCCCAAGACCCGUUUUAAAAAUUAGCCCUAUUUGAUUUUCCCCAAAGGGGUUAAAAUUUUAAAUUACCGGGGGUGGGGGGGUCUACUUCAAGUUUCCUUUUUUACCUUUGUUUGAGAAGGGGGAAUUAUUUAAAAAAAACUAUUUAAUUAACCUAAACGCUUAGAAGGGUUUUUAAAAUUUAAAAAGUUAAACGGAUUAGACAAUUUUGGGGGGGGGGAAAAAAACUCAUUAAAAAAAAGAGGGGUUAAAAGUUUUUAAAAAAAAAAAAGGAGUUUAAAGAAAGAAUUAUUCACGGGUUAGGAAGGUUAAUUUUUGGGAAAAGGAAAAACCCGGGAAAAAAAAAUAAAAAACGAGGUUCAAUGGGCUUGAACCCUCGAUCCUCAGAGCCGAGGCCCGCGGUUUAUGCCCUUUCUCUAUCCCCAUCCACAACGGCCAAGCGUGAGCCUAAUGGAUGGUAUAUGUGCACACGUUGCGCCUAGUGGACGGUAUUGAAGGCAUCUCCGGAUGUCCUAUUGACCUGGACAAACGUUGAUACUGAAGUCUAUCUGGUGUGAUCUCGCUGGUUUAUUAAAGCAAUGUGAGUGUCUUCAGUACAGUAGUGCAUCCUGUUUAUACAUGGACGUGAUAAGUACUAACCCAGUUGUCCCUCUAUUUUAGGGGCAUGGUACGGUAGGAAUUUGGCCUGCGUCCCAAAUGGUACCCUAUUCCUCUAUAUAGUGCACUACGUUUGGAACAUAGCUCUAUUGCCAAUUUGGGACGCAGAUGUGUAGGAAGGAUGCUGUUAUAAAAGAGGAGCUGUGAUCUUGCAGACUGUGUUGGGAUAGAUCACACCAAAGGUUAAGGAGGUUGCCCCAGGAGACAGGGAGUGGGAGUUACCCCGGACCUGAAUGGAAUGUGUGAUGGAAAAGGGUCAAUAGACUGUUGCUUCACUUCAAUGACAAGUGAUGUCACCAUAUGAGACACUUCUCAAUCAGGCCCAGAUGGUUUCACCAUUUUUACAUUUACAACACACAUUCAAUUUGAUUUAUAUAGCCUAUUUGGAUGGCUCAUCAUGAGAUUUAUAGAUACAUUUGUUUUAUAAGCUUUUUGUUUGUUCAAACUCUGAGUGUAUGGUGGAAAGCCAGUAUGUUGUUAGGGGUGAAUAAUACUUCCAUUUAUGUUGAAUUUUCACUUAGGAUGUUUUCACACUUGGUCCCUUUCAGACAAUUUUUGUGAACUCAGUGCAGUUCGCUCAAUUUUGUGUGCAGUGUGAACACUCCAAGGAACUCAGACCCCUCAGAAGAGCCCUCAAUGUGAACCGAACUGAGGCCCAUCUCGAGAGGUGGUCUGAGUUCGGUUUGCUUGAAUUCUGUGGUUCGGUUCCCCUUUUAGGGCAAUGCGAACACAAAGCUCCUCAUGUUCGCUUGCCAUUAUUCCCGCACCACACACUAGACUACUGCAACAGUGUUUCCCCUGCCAUAACCCCUCACAUUGGUGCCACAAAAGAGAGAAGAUGAUGAUAUGCAGGUUUGCGGAAAAAAACUACCUGUUUUUGGGAUAUGACUUGAGUUUCGCCAUCAGCUGGAAGACUGUGUCCCCUUUUCUCAGCCGAGGGAGGGAGAGCAGAGGGACAGUGAGUCGGGUGAGAGGCAGCCUCAUCGCUGCUCCCCCCCUCUCAGACUGACCAUCAGAUGCAGGCCAUCAGUCCAGUAAAACAACAUUUUAAGCAAAUGAUUUUGCUCACUCAGCUGUGCCUCACAAGUAAUACAACAAAUGAUCUAUUACCAGUGUGAUCAUAUACCUACAUUUUUGUUAAAUUUAAUUUCAAAUUGGUCUGAGAAGAACCAACAUUGGCUGGGCAAUUCAAGCAUACAGUUGAAGUCGGAAGUUUACAUACACCUAGCCAAAUACAUUUAAACUAAUUUUUUCAAAAUUCCUGACAUUUAAUUCUAGUAAAAAUUCCCUGUCUUAGGUCAGUUAGGAUCACCACUUUAUUUUAAGAAUGUGACAUGUCAGAAUAAUAGGAGAGAGAAUGAUUUAUUUCAGCUUUUAUUUCUUUCAUCACAUUCCCAGUGGGUCAGAAGUUUACAUACACUCAAUUAGUAUUUGGUAGCAUUGCCUUUAAAUUGUUUUAACUUGGGUCAAACGUUUCGGGAGCCUUCCACAAGCUUCCCACAUUAAGUUGGGUGAAUUUUGUCCCAUUCCUCCUGACAGAGCUGGUGUUACUGAGUCAGGUUUGUAGGCCUCCUUGCUCGCACACGCUUUUUCAGUUCUGCCCACAAAUUGUCUAUAGGAUUGAGGUCAGAGCUUUGUGAUGGCCACUCCAAUACCUUGACUUUGUUGUCCUUAAGCCACUUUGCCACAACUGUGGAAGUAUGCUUGGGGUCAUUGUCCAUUUGGAAGACCCAUUUGCGACCAAGCUUUAACUUCCUGACUGAUGUCUUGAGAUGUUGCUUCAAUAUAUCCACAUAAUUUUCCUUCCUCAUGAUGCCAUCUAUUUUGUGAAGUGCACCAGUCCCUCUUGCAGCAAAGCACCCCCACAGCAUGAUGCUGCCACCCCCGUGCUUCACGGUUGGGAUGGUGUUCUUCGGCUUGCAAGGCACCCCCUUUUUCCUCCAAACAUAACAAUGGUCAUUAUGGACAAACAGUUCUAUUUUUGUUUCAUCAGACCAGAGGACAUUUCUCCAAAAAGUACGAUCUUUGUCCCCAUGUGCAGUUGCAAACCGUAGUCUGGCUUUUUUAUGGCGGUUUUGGAGCAGUGGCUUCUUCCUUGCUGAGCGGCCUUUCAGGUUAUGUCGAUAUAGGACUCGUUUUACUGUGGAUAUAGAGUACUUUGUACCUGUUUCCUCCAGCAUCUUCACAAGGUCCUUUGCUGUUGUUCGGGAAUUGAUUUGCACUUUUCGCACCAAAGUACGUUCAUGUCUAGGAGACAGAACGCGUCUCCUUCCUGAGCGGUAUGACGGCUGCGUGGUCCCAUGGUGUUUAUACUUGCGUGCUAUUGUUUGUACAGAUGAAUGUGGUACCUUCAGGCGUUUUGGAAAUUGCUCCCAAGGAUGAACCAGACUUGUGGAGGUCUACACAUUUUUUUCUGAGGUCUUGGCUGAUUUCUUUUGAUUUUCCCAUGAUGUCAAGCAAAAAGGCAUUGUUUGAAGGUUGGCGUUGAUGUACACCUCCAAUUGACUCAAAUGAUGUCAAUUAGCCUAUCAGAAGCUUCUAAAGCCAUGACAUCAUUUUCUGGAAUUGUCCAAGCUGUUUAAAGGCACAGUCAACUUAGUGUAUGUAAACUUCUGACCCACUGGAAUUGUGAUACAGUGAAUUAUAAGUGAAAUAAUCUGUCUGUAAACAGUUGAUGGAAAAAUUACUUGUGUCAUGCACAAAGUAGAUGUCCUAACCGACUUGCCAAGACUAUAGUUUGUUAACAAGACAUUUGUGGAGUGGUUGAAAAACAAGUUUUAAUGACUCCAACAUAAGUGUAUGUAAACUUCUGACUUCAACUGUAGCUAAUAUGCAGUGAUAAUGUAUUGGGCCUAUAGCUUAGUGCACAAACCUCAUUGCUACAGAACUGUUUUUAAUUGGUUAAUGUUGCAUAGGCUUAUAUUCUAUAAUUUAUGUUUAAGAAAAAUCUGAGCGGUAGAUCUUGGCUUGCUUUUUAACUCAAUGUGAUCUUGACUCAGAAAAGGUUGGUGACCACUGCUUUAUAGUGUACCACUUUUCACCAGGGCCCAUAUGGCUCUGGUCAAAAGUAGUGCACUAUAUAGGGAAUACGGUGCCAUUUGGGAUGCAACCAAAUACCACAUUUUUCCAAUCUCUCUCUCCAUAGAAUCCUCUAUGGUCCUCACUAAGCUAUGCAGGAAAGAAGACAGCUGAGCUUGCAAACAAACAACAGACAGAGUGCAUUUAAAUACCAGAAGCACAGUGUGCCAGAUAUGUAAAACAAACACAGGGCUUUUUUCAGAUGCCUUCAGUUUUCAGUCAGGCAAGCUUUUCCCAAAAAAUGGAAGCAUUUUAAUUUGCCUCCUAACUUUCUGUUGCCAGCUCUAUAGCCCAGGAAUCUACAAGCGGGAAUGCUCAUUUAAACACAGAACAAUAAGUCAGUGGUUUGAGAUCCAGGCAGAAGGCCUCUGUCUCAUGUUUAUUCUGCUACAUCUGCUAAAGCUAUGCUAAUUGCUUGCAGAUAACAGAGAGGGGAGAGCUGGAUUGAGAAUCUUCAGUUCAGUUCUUUCCAUUUGAGACACUCCGCUUUGAUUCGCAGUGAAGUGAUGGUCACCACAUGGGACAAUCAGCAGCACUGGGAGAACUAAGGAGAUUCGUUUAAGCAUCAGUCUGUUACCAGAUUGAGCCUGUGGCCUCUAGAUAACAAGAAAUCUUGAAUAAAUGGCAGUGGCACAGAAGAACAUAGCUGAAAUGUGUAUAAUUGUGAUGUAUUGCAUCAACCCUUAUCUCUCUCUCUUUUUCCCUCUCUCCCCUCUCUCUCGUCCUCCCUCCCUCACUCAAUCUUCUCUCACUCUUCUGUUUUGUUUUACUUCUAUCCCUCUCUAUUUUUCUCUCUCCAUCCCCCUUUCUUCCCCACCCCUCUCCCUCUCUCUCUCUCCUCCCCAUCCAGGUGAUACAGCUGGCCGACAGCAGGCCCAGAAGCCCCAGCCCCCAGCCUCAGAGAACAGCAGUGCGGCCCACAGUAUUGGCAGCACACAAAGCACGCCCUGUUCCAGCAGCAGCACAGCGUAG